GCAGAGCGCCGCUCUCUUGCCGCUCCACGGCUGCCACUGCUGCUGCCGCCGCCGCCGCUCUUGCUGGUUACGCCAGCCCGCCCGCCCGCCUGCCGCCCGCCGUCUCCCCUCGCCUCCGAUUCUGCGCACACAGACUGUCAUUCUGCACAGCACAGUUUUUUCGCUCCGCUCGGAGAGCGAGUGGUGGAGAGAGAAAACACACACACACACACACGGAGGGAGAGCAGCUCAGGAGCCCGGCGAGAGAGCGAGGCGCCCGAGUCCCGCAGCCCAGCAUGGCUUCGGGGGACCUUUACGAGGUACGGCGCCGGAGCGGUUGUCCGGGGCUUGGCCGGAGGGCAGCCGGCGAAAGGAGGCGGGCAGGCAAGCAGGCAGGGAGGAAGAGAAGGAAGGAAAGGAGGAAGGAAGGAGGGAGGGAGGGAGGGAGAGAAGGAGGGACGCCCCGGCCAAGGAGGCUGCGGGGGCUUGUUUGGCCAAGGCGUCUUUUCCGCGCGGGGUCUUUCUCUCGGGGGGCGCCGGGGGGUCUCCUUCUCCCCCUCUGGAGUUCCUGGAGGAACUGAGAGGAAAUGGCCAAGGUGGAGAGGAGGCGGAGGGGGGUGGCAGAUCUGCUGCUGCUGCUGGCGGGAGGGAUGGAUGAAGCGCUCCCUCCCUGCUUUCUCUUUCGAGACCCCCCCCCCCCGCCACUUUCCACGGGGUAUGAGCUGAGUAGGCCUUAGAGGAGAGUUAGCGGGCCAGGGGGAGGGGGCACCCCAGCCGGACAGCCCCCGGGGCGGAAAGUCCAGGUAAAGUCCUCUGGACUGCUCCUCCUCCUCCACCGCCCUCGGAACCCAACCCGGUAACAGGAAGGAGAGAGGAGAGAGGGUUGCGCCCCGGCUUGUGGUGGCGCAAAGUCUUGGCAAAGAGGGAGGCGCUGCCUGUUUUUCUUUCUCUCGGGGGCUUCCCAGGCUUGCCCCCAGGGGGCGGAUGUAAGCCACGGGGGAGGGGCUUGGUGAGGAGGAGGUGGAGCCUCUGGUGGACACCAGUGCAUGCUGGGGGAUAUUGUGGGGGGAGGGUGCACUCAAGGAUGCUGGGGUUGGGAGGUGGGCUGUCAAAGUUUGGUGGGGUCUUGAGAGAGGAGGUCUUUGGAGAGGCAGGUGUCCCUGCAUUGGGUUAGCCUGGAGGUCUUCAAGUGAAUUGCUUUGAUCAAGUCUUCUGAAGAAAGUGUCACUCAUUCUGUGCCGGUUUAUUAGUUUAUCAUACAGCAUUAAAGUGCAAAAGGAGAGAGGGAUUUGCCCUCUCCCCACCAUGUUAACUUGAGUAGAUCCUAUUAGAUUGUUCCAUGUGGAUUAGAGGAUGCUGCCUGUGUUUGUCCCAUGAUUUUGGACUAGAGGAAGUAAGUGCAGAAAGUAGCACACCAACUAUCUGGUUGGUCAGGGGUCUGAAGUCCUGAAUUGGGGCAUUGGCAACCCAAUGGAAACUCUAGAUGACCAUCUUUGGAUCUCACUCCAUGUCAGAAUUUUAAUGGCUGGUCUACACUUUGUACCAAAGCCUCUCCAUCCAAAGUGCCACCAAACCUCUACCUCAGAUGACACAGGGUUGUAUCUAUCUAAGUUCUACUCAGUUGACCCAUUGAAACUGAAGGGUCUGUUAGUCAGUCCAUUCAUUUCGGUGGGUCUACUCUAUGGGAUGCAAUCCAUAGGGAGUUGCUUUAUUUUGAUUCAUACCAGUUGUUGACUCCAUCUGGCUCACUAUUGUCUACACCAGCGUUCCCAGAUGUGGUUGAACUACCAUCUCCCUUGACCAUUGGCUAAGGUGGGCUGGGGGUGAUGGGAAUUGCAGUUCCUCAAUACUAGAAGAUCCAAUGUUGAAAAACACCGGCUGGCCAUAGCUUCAGAAAGGGAAUGCUCCCAGACCUACCUGGAGAUGUUGGAAAUAGAACUUGGGACCUUCUACAUGGAAAACAAGUGCUCUACCUCAAAGCUACAGCUUUUCCCCAGUCUAAAUAAAGCAAAUUUAAUCUCAUAAUGUACAGGUACACCGAACUUGAUAUUGUGUAGCUAGCAACAGCUAGCAACCAUCAAGGCUACCAACGGAACAAGUCUGAAAAUAAUAAAACCCAUUUGUUAGAGUUUGACACAUAACAUGCCUGAGAUUUAAAUCGGUUCCGAUAUUGGGUUUACCUGUGGGGCAUCUUAUGUUCUGAUAGCUGUUUUAGACACCACAAAGAAGUGGCAGCAGAUGUUCCAUAAUACAGUCUUGACUUGAGCAAUAUAGAAGCUCCUAGAAGAUUCCCUCUUUUUAAAAAUAAUGCUCACCCUCCACAUAAAGAUUAUUCAGACAAUUAGCAGACUUGUUUGCAGCCAAUUAAUUGAUUAAUUAACCAAUUCAGUGGAUUAAUUAGCUAAUUCAAAUUAAUGUUAAAGUCUUAAUGGUGAUUAAUCCCAACUGGAAGUUUGUAGCCUCUCUUCCUAGAACUCCCAUAUUGAUAAUGUGUUUAUAAUAAAAUGUAGGAGUGGUAUGUUAAUGCCUGUAAUAUUUUGAAGGUAGUUGAUGAUGUUACUAGUCUCUCUGGUCUGUAAGACAUACAAAUUAUACUUUCUUUGGAAAAAUAAUAUGUGGCAGAGGUGACAACUAAUAUUAAACACAAUGGUUGCAAUUCAGGAAACCAUGUAUCCCACAGUAGAUCUUGGUGUCAGGCUCCGCCAAGAAGGUCGGUGAACCAUUCCCUAGUUGGCUUUGGGAAAUCCGUAACUGCAAUUCCAGAAGUCAAAUCACCAGAUCAUAUCUAUUGCCUGAAUAAAGAAAUGUAUAUUAAUUAUCUCCAGCAGUGCUGACUUCAUAUGCGUUAGUGCUGCUUAAAGGCCAUUUGUAACACCAGAUUUUUAAGCAGUGACUGCUGAACCAGAGUUAUUUGCACCAAUGAAGCUAAGUUAGUGGUAUUGAUGGCUAUUUUUAAUGUGGUGGUUUUUAACUUUGAAGGCCAAACUUUUGCUGGAUCAAGUUUAGAUGCUUGUCUUGAAUUACAGCUUUGUGCUCAACCUUUGAGGAUUAUUAGGAUGAGCACUCUGAGAGAAAGGGCAGACAACAAACGUUGGAAAAUGGAACAAAUGGAUUUUUGUACCUCCUGCUCUCCUUAUUUGUUUUCUCUAUGGAGUAAGCAUAGCUACAAGUUGCUUUAUCUUUUGUUGGUGUUUUAUGGAUGAUUUAAAGGCACAGGUGUUCAGAUAUGGAUGGAAGAGUCUGGAUGCAUCUUUAGCAUCUGAGUGCCCUUGAGGAGCAAUUAAAGUUUUGACCCUUUGUGGUACAACUUGAUUUCUUCUGGAGCAAGCAGAAUCUCUCAAGGUGACAUCAGCUACUCAGAAGUCUGCUCCAAUUUAUAUUGAUGCCUUUAGCUUUGCUUGAAGCUUGCAUAGGUUUGAGUUUGUAGCCUGCUAGGGAGCUUAUUGCAUCGGUUUUCUCUCUUCUCCAACUCCACCAUUGUUGGUGAAAUUCUGCCUAUUGAUUACUUGCUUGGUUUAAUGUGCUUGCUUGGUUUAUUGAUAUAAAUAUUUGUUUUGUGCUGUGUGAACUUUAUUGCAAAUAUUUACAUUUAUUUCAUACUCUGGAAAUAUUUCAGCAUGAAUACGCACAUGGGUGCUAAAAGAAAGCAUUCAUCCUUCUCCAUGAAGCUGGCAUUGCAUUCGUAUAGACAUUAUUGCUAUUCCUACUUUUCUUCAGAAAUAUUCUGAAAAUAUGUGCGCUUCAGGAUUGUGCCUGAGAAGAUAGAUUGUUGAUUAUCAUACAUUCUUCAUGGAACAUACAAAUAAUAUAUCAAGCAGAAUUUCUACAAGUAACACUAUUAAACUAUUGUAGUGAACAACAUUCUGGGGAAUGGUUGUAGCUCAGUGAUAGAACAUCUGCUCUGCCGACAGAAGUUCCAGGUUCAACCCUUAACAUCUCGAGAGAGGGACAGGAGUAAUCCCCAUCUGAAACCUUGGGCAGCUGUUGCCAGUCACUGUAGACCAGCUUUUACCAGCCUGAUGCUCUAGAGAUAAUCUAGAGAUGUUUUCAACAGCAGCUCUGGGCUGAUGGAAGUUUUAGUCUAAGACAUGGAAGGGACCAGGUUGACAAGUUCUGGUUUAAACUGAGCUGGAUGGAUCAAUGACCUGACUCUGUAAGACAGCUUCCUAUGUUGCUGUUACAGGAUACUCAGUCAAAAUCAUCUUAACAUCACAAGUACCUUUACACUGUUUGACUAUCUACCAGAAUUGUGGAUAGGCAGCUUUGCGUAUUACUGAUUAUUGGUUUUUAGGUUGCCUUUUCCCUCAAUGGUUGCUUUUACAUUAAGUAAUAUGCAGAAUGGAGAACACCUGCAUCCAUUGUUCACAAGCAUAACUAAAACAUAUCUUCAGAUGGAUGACAUCAGACCAUCACCUGUAUGUUGGGCAAACUCUUUGCUUAUAGCAAGUGUCGGAAAUCUUUGGUUGUCCAGAUGCUGCUGAACUACAGCUCCCAUUAGUCACAACUAACAUGGCCAGGGAAGAUGGGACACUCUGACGACAUCAAACUCUGCGUUUUAAGUAGCUGGGUAUCUUUAUUUUAACAUGCUAUACUGGAGAAAUAUUUUCACAUGUCCUUUGGGUUAGUAAUGUCCUUAUGAUGCCCUGUUUAAUAUUGGAGAUUGUGCUUACAGGCUUUUGCUGAAGUGUGGUAUAGAUGAUAGUCAUGAUGAUGAUGAUGAUGAUGAUGAUGAUUAGUUUUGUCAUAGCCGUAAUCUGUAAUGUUUGUAAAAUUACUUUGCUACCUACGAUUACGGUCUCAGUGAUCAAAGAGUCAUGACUAAAUGGAGCACUUUCAGCAUCUGCAGUUCAUAAUUCAUGGUGACUUUUUUGUGGCCUAUGUAUGAGUUCUCAGGAAAAUCAGUAAGAGGAGAAAUAGCAAGAGAUGCCAAGAUUGAAUUAGGGUGGCGCAAGAUAGGGUUUUGUUGUUGUUUAGUCGUUUAGUCGUGUCCGACUCUUCGUGACCCCAUGGACCAGAGCACGCCAGGCACUCCUGUCUUCCACUGCCUCCCGCAGUUUGGUCAAACUCGUGCUGGUAGCUUUGAGAACACCGUCCAACCAUCUCAUCCUCUGUCGUCCCCUUCUCCUUGUGCCCUCAAUCUUUCCCAAUAUCAGGGUCUUUUCAGGGAGUCUUCCCUUCUUAUGAGGUGGCCAAAGUAUUGGAGCCUCAGCUUCAUGAUCUGUCCUUCCAGUGAGGAUUUAGGGCUGAUUUCCUUAAGAAUGGAUAGGUUGGAUCUUCUUGCAGUCCAUGGGACUCUCAAAAGUCUCCUCCAGCACCAUAAUUCAAAAGAAUCAAUUCUUCGGCGAUCAGCCUUCUUUAUGGUCCAGCUCUCACUUCCAUACAUCACUACUGGGAAAACCAUAGCUUUAACUAUAUGGACCUUUGUCGACAAGGUGAUGUCUCUGCUUUUUAAGAUGCUGCCUAGGUUUGUCAUUGCUUUUCUCCCAAGAAGCAGGCGUCUUUUAAUUCCGUGGCUGCUGUCACCAUCUGCAGUGAUCAUGGAGCCCAAGAAAGUAAAAUCUCUCACUGCCUUCAUUUCUUCACUUCUAUUUGCCAGGAGGUGAUGGGACCAGUGGCCAUGAUCUUCGUUGUUUUUUUUAUGUUGAACUUCAGACCAUAUUUUGCGCUCUCCGCUUUCUCCCUCAAUAAAAGGUUGAUUAAUUCCUCCUCACUUUCUGCCAUCAAGGUUGUGUUAUCUGCAUAUCUGAGGUUGUUGAUAUUUCUUCCGGCAAUCUUAAUUCCGGCUUGGGCUUCAUCCAGUCCAGCCUUUCGCAUGAUGAAUUCUGCAUAUAAGUUAAAUAAGCAGGGAGACAAUAUACAGCCUUGUCGUACUCCUUUCCCAAUUUCGAACCUAGUGGUUAUUUAUUUCAUUUAUGAAUCGCUUCCUGGAAAUGAUUUCACAAUACAAUUUUUACAAAUUCUUUGGAAUAAUGUCUUAAAACAGUUAAAACAGCUGCAUAUAUAUAUAUAUAUAUCUCAAAUCCAGUAUCGAUCAAACUGGGAUAAAAAUCUCCUCUUAGAGGUUUUGUUGAAAGAACAAAGUAUUGCCUUCUAUGCACUAUCCAAUGGCCAUGUAGCAAAUGUGGGGAAGGGCUGUUGCUCAGUGGUUGAAGAAAGUCCCUGCUUCUGUUCUCAGCUUUUCCUGCUAGAAGUGAGAGAAAACCCUGCCUGGAACUCUGGGGAGCUACUGCUAGUCAGGGUAGAUAGUACUGACCUAGCUGGACCAGUGGUCUGACUACCUAUAAGGCCGCUUCCCAUGUUCCUAAAUGCAUGUGAAGAUGACACUUGUGGUAGAUAAUAGCUGCUACCCUUCCAUUAAUAGGUGUGGAACUUGUGAAGUUGUGCUGUCUACCCUUCCAUUCAAUAGAAAUGGCACAUGUUGGACAAAUCCAGUUUUUGAGCCUGUGCCAGUAAGUGCUGCUAUUGCAUACUCUCCAACUAAAAUUGUUCUCAUUCAUUUGAAAGGGGGGGGGGGAAUUAAGCACACGCUUAACUUCACAGCUGAAAUCAGUGGAACACAAUAGCGCUUGAUGUUGAAUAGAUUGUGCCCCGUGCUUUUAAUCUUUCCGACUUUAUGAUAUCAUGUUUACAUCCUUUGAGAGUUGUGUAUAGAAUUAAUGAAAAUGCAUGGUAAGUUUAAACAUAUAAAAUGCCAAAUUAGUCACAGCAUUUUAUGUUUUCCUGAUCUAUAUUUCAUAUAUAUAUAUAUAUACUUAGGAUGUGAAAUGUGGUUUACAGUACUACAAUUUAAAAAUUGUGAGCUAUUUGUCAUUUAGAAUGAGUUUACUUAGGUAACUUGAAAUACAGUCCUGAGUUUUCACAUCUUAGAAAUCCAGCCAUUGGCCUUUUUAAAAAAGCAAGUUUAAAUCCUGCAGAAAGCAGAAAACAUAACUUAGGUGUCUAAUUAAGGUACCUAAUGUUCAAUUAAGGAAUUAAGUCAAUAUUAUUAAUUUAAGUGUUAUUUUCAGGGCCAAUUAUAGCAGGCUUGUUCUGAGUUUGGUUAGCCCCAAACUCUUUACUGUAUUUUGCAGACAUUUUCAGCACUGCUCCCCCUUCAACUUUUUCUUGGCAAUUCCUUUGUGACUGUCUGCCACUUGAUUUGUAUUACUGUCUGUCAAUCUGUCUCUCAUUUGGAUUCAUCUCCUCAUGUAGCCAAAUCACUGAAUCAGUACCCUCAUUCUCAGCUGAUUUCAUUUGCCCUCACUUAACAUUGUCAAUUCCAUAUCUCAUUGGUCAUACUGAGUAAUGAUGUCAUCUUAUUCACCAAUAUGGUUGGGUAGAGUUGCCUAUGUAACUAAACCAGAAGUAAACAGAAGGUGGGGUAAAAUGGCAUUUAAGUAACAGGUGGGGAAAGCACUAGGAUAAAACCAGAUUGGAUAAAUGUGCGUAUUCUGACUUUCAGUCAAAGAGUUUUGAUGGGUAGGGCUUGGUGUGAGGAAACUAUUUCUAAAACUCAUUUAUUCAGGGACCAAACAAACUGAAAAAAGAAAUUAUUCAUUACAGCCCAAAUUCAGGAGCCCCACACAGACCACAACUUCUUGCCUAUCAGACUUGGAGUUGUUCUAACUCUAGAAAACUGGUUCUAACCUGAAACCAGCCUUGCUGUUCAGUCCAAAGGUCCAUUUAUUCCAGCAUCCUUUUCCCCAUAAUGGCCAAAAAGAUGCCAAGCAGCAAAGACAUAAGCAGGGUUUUCUCUGAGCCCUCCCUGGAGAUCCAGAGGCUUGAAUCUGGGACCUUCUGCAUUUAAAGCAGAAUUGUGGCCUCCUUAAUAGUAAGAGUGGUUUUACACUGGAACAAGCUCUGCCACAGGAGGCGCUGGGCUCUCAUUCUCUGGGAGUAUUUCAGCAGAGGUUGGGCAGUCUAUGGUAAGGGAUGCUGGCUGCUGCGAUGGUCCAUUCCAGCUCUAUGAUUCUAUGAAAGGCACCAAUUUAUGAAAUUCCCGCACAGAACCCUGGGCAGACAGAGCAAAAGAAAAAGAGAGCAGUAUAAAUUUCACCAUCGGAAAGUUCCUUACACUGUGUUUUUAACACAGCAGUCUGUGUUUUUCCCCCUACAUGUACAGUUUGAGCAAAAGCCCAGUUUCAUUUUCAGCGUUUUGUUUCAAUAAAAGAGCUGAUCCCUAAGUUUUUCCUAGGAAUAUGAGAAAGCGUUUCUACAGUUGCUCCAAAUGGCUGUUAAAGGAACAAUGGGCUGAUUCAAAAAUACAUAUAUAUUUUUUGUCAACACAAACAGUCAAAUGUCUUCUCCUGUUAUGCACUUGUGUGGGAAAAAGUAAAUGUCUAAUGAUAAAUAUGGCUCGUCGAAAUUUCUGUGACUGCAGCUGCCAGAGAGGGCAGAAUCAUAGCAAUGAUCAUAUGUUUCCCUAUCCAGGACCAUACAUUACAUUUAUUUGCAGAAAUGCAUGGUUGAUGGGAAUGUGGAUUGUUCACAUGGUCAGGAAAGGCAUUGUGUGAACUAACCUGUAGGCAUUUAAAAUAACUAUGGCUUAGUUCCAAAGAAUUGUGAGCGGAAGGAGAAAACACAUUAGGGUUGUUCUGUGAGCUCUUGCAGAAGCGAUGUUGACUUCUCACAUGGCAGUGCCCUAAUGUGUCAGAGUUUGCACUGUUUCAGUGUAAGAAACAGAGAAUCAGGAAAAUGCAGACUUAAGUGUUUAUAUACCAACCAUGUGGAAGUCUCAGGGUUUGAUCUGCACAAUGCCUUAACACAAGAAUUUGCACCAACGGAAGUACACCUCUUUGAUUUGGGGGUGCUUUGGUGAGGAAACUGCUGUUCAGCUAAACUGGAAAUCAUUCAUAAGUGUAACAGAUCUCUUGCUAUCAAUAGCUAUUGGAAGGGGGCACUAUUGGAAGUUCUCACUAAUUUACAUUUAGAAAAUAAUUGCUAUGUCUUUGGGUUUCCCCCUCCAUUUUCAGUUUCUUGGCGAGGGGCAGAGUAGAAGGAAUUGUGCCCAGUCCCAGCUACGGUAUCAUUUUUUUAGUUUCUCCAUUCUUCAGUUUCUUCUGUCCUACAGGAAAAUUAAAAAUAGCUUCUCAAUGUGAACCAGGAAGUCACCUGUCCAGGCAAUGGGAUGGUUCUUUCUAGCGCGCGCCCGUGUGUGUGUGUCAUCCUGUUCCAGCCACUCUGUUCUGUUCUUCUAUCCCACCUGACAGUUGUUUUCCUUCUCAAUUUUUGUCAUUGAUAUAUUUUUGGGCUGUUUUGGGGGUCUUUCCGCUCUUAAAUUUUCCUGCAAAUUUUUUAUGUGUUUUUUUACUUGUUAGUAUCUCAGGAUUACCUUGAGAGUGCUUUUACUUCUCUUAUGUGCAUUUGUGGUGUGGUUUUGAAUGUAUAAUUAUCACAAGAGUGGGAAGACUUGAAUCUAGAACAUAGAUGACGGUAAAGCUAAGAGCUUUUGAAUCGCACCGAUUUCAGUGGAAGCCCCUACUCAACACCCUUACUGAAACCUUACUGAAAAGAGAGGAAAUUGAAGGUGCUUUCUUUGGGGUGGAUCAUGCCCAGUGUCAUUGAACAAAUCAAAUGAAACUACUGAUGACAUUAAGUAUCCCCAUGAAACCCAAAUGAAAUACUUGUCAAUGAUAUCCGUCAGAGCGUUUGAACACUCUGUUUUCAUCCCAUGGAAAUACUGUAAUCCUUUAAAUACUGCUGGUGGUUACUACUGACUGCAGUCAGUAAAAAGGCCCCAGAAUGGGCAGGGAGGGGCUGAGUCGUCACAGGGUAUCUACUGCUGUCAUGUGACAGCAUCAGGCUCCAUCUGGGAGCUCAGGAAGCCUGUACAACAGUUUUUCUGACCCCACAUCUACCUUGGCUAGCGGCCCCAACAGUGACCCCCUAGCUCCCUUAAGCCCCGCUUGGCAGCAACCAGCACCAGCAUUGCACACUUAAGCCAUUAAUUAAGCAAGCCAAUAAUUAAGCAAGCGAUCCUGGAGAAUGUGAUGUCAUAAGAUAGUUGAAGCUAAGCAAUUGUGUCCCUGGUCAGUGCCUGGAUGAGCGACUGGCUCCUAGGAGUGUAUGUAGGGAAGGUUGUCAUACGUAUAAUAGAUAAAUAAGUGAUAGGAGGAGGGCAUAACCUUCCACAGUUUAAUUUUUACAAUUCAGGCAGCUGUUAAGCAUGUUGAUACAGAGACCUUAGUGAUUUUGAUGACAAACAGAAUUAGUAUAUACACUCAUAAGUAGUAAAUUCCAGCAUUGUUUAUUGACACUCAUUAAAAACCCUUGUUGACUUGGGAUAUCCUUAUGCAUUCUCCACAUUGUGCUCUGCUCUAGCAUGUAAAGGAUAACGAAGAGUUCAACCUUAAAAGCACUUCAUCAACAAAAGCCCUAUUAAAGUUAAAUACGGCCUCUGUGAAUAGAGGUGCUUGAUGAUCUCACAACCAGGCUUAAAACAGAAAUGAAGUUCUCUGAGAAAUGCAUCUCACCAAGAUCAAAGCUAGGGCUGCGAUGGAUUGCGGAAGUGAAAACAGUGGGAGGAACUGCCUUUUGCAGUCCCAAUUUCAAAUCUUGCAGUUUUGGCUGGGCAGAAUUAUAUCUGCUCACAUUUUAGCAGGUUGUAGCCACGCAUCAGUUUGUUAAAUAAAUGAUAUCCUGAGUCCUUUUGGGCACAUGUGCUUUGCCUGCUGCCUUGCUCCACCAUGGUUUUUGUAGCUUAAAGCUAUACAAACAGUCAUUUUCACAUAUGCACAGUAUGCUUGUUCCAUAAUAACUUACCAUUGGCAAAAGCACGGCAAAUUUUGGAACAGCCGCUAGAAUUUCUGGAGCAGAAUUCAGUAGUGGCAAGACCCGAUUAAUUCUGAAAGGUCCUUUAUUUUCUCCACCUCCCCUUCUUUCCCAGACAAUCUGUUUUAAUCAUAGAUUGAUUUUUAAUGUAAAGUGGUCAAUUGCUUAUCGUGUGUACCGUAUGGAACAGAAUCUUGCACAGUUAUCCUGCGUUUCAGAAAAUACUGCUACUUGCAAAGGGGCAGGGAGAUGUCUAUGUGUACCAAACACAUCACUACCCCAUGAAAAGAUAUUUAAGUUUUAAAAAUAUUUAUGUUUUAUUAAGGUGAUUUCAAUUAAAAGAAAUAAAGUGAUGCAGGACAAACAACAACAAAGAUACAUAUAAAAGUGAAAACACACACACACACGCACACACACACACGCAAAAGCAAUAUACAAUAUUCCCAUACAUUCUUGUAUACAUUGUUACAGUAUAGUGUUAUGGUCCUAGUGCUUAUGUAAAUGUUAGUAGCCUACUACUAUUUGUAUACACUCAUUCCUUAUGUUAUUGUAUUUAUCCAUACAGAGUCUGUGCCUGUAAGCCGUCCAUUCAUAAAGUAUGAGUGAUGUCAUAUUGUCCGUCCAUUCAUUGAAGGGUAUCAUACCAUUAUUUUUCCAAUUCCUCUUGGCUACCAUUAGGGCACAGAAAAUCCAUUUCCAUUGUCCCGUUGAUAAGAAAAUAUAUUUAAGUUGCUGAUAUUACUGUGAAGAAGCUACAUAACUAGGUUAUGGCAGAUGGAGUGGGGGACCUCCACAGUACUAGAGCCUCUCCGCCAGCAGAAUCCAGGACAUUCCAUUGAAAGAGGCAAACAUCAGCAGAACAGAGAAGGGAGCAAUUCUGUGGAUUCCCUCUCUGCUGCAGCCCCAAAUGGCCUAAUAAAUCUGCUCUACAGGACCAAAAUUGGACUAGCUUUCUUUACACUUCUCAUGCUUGAGAAGAAUGUUUGUUCUCCCUCCCUCCCCCCAAAAAUCUAUCUAUCUCAGACAGACAGACAGACAGACAGACAGACAGAUAGAUAGAUAGAUGAUAGGGUUGACAAUACUUGUUGAAAUGUUUAGGUGAAAACACAGGGAAGAUUCUUUUAACCACGAUAUAGGGCCCAUGCCUUUGUUGGACUCUGAUAAACAUGUGAUGAGUUAUCCACUUGGUGGAGGAGCUUCUGUCUAUGAAAUAAAUGGGGGAAGGGGAGCAUCUUCCCUUUCAGAUAAUUUGUGCGCUUCAGAAGCAGGUACAACUCAUGGAGUUUUGAACAUUAAAACAGAACCACUGAAAGAGCAAACAUGAAUCACUGGUUCCUGCCUCUCCCCCCACUUUUUUUUUUAACAUAUAACCUUCAAAUAGGUACAUAUGAAUAUGUUGAUUGCGGUUUCUCUCCCUUUCUGAUUUUCUGAAUGUUCAGAACUUCUCUAUCAGUUUGUGGAUUAUUUUUUUAAGCCCUCAUGAAAAUUAAUCUGCAUUUUAGUCCAAAUUUAUCCUGUUACAGACAUUUUUGUAUAUACUUUCCAAAGCAAUUUCCAAAGCAAUUUCUCCUCUUAUUAGGAAUUUCAACACCGUUUUCACCCGCAUAUGCAUUUUUAGGCACACUUUAGCCUAGUAUGUACACAUACUAUGUGUCUGGAUUCUAUAGCAUUGCAAAAUUUGGAGAAGUACACAUUUUUAAUGUUGGCUGCAUUUUGGUUUAUGUAUUGUUUUCGGUGUAGGGUUGUCUUUAAAUGUGUCUUAAGUAAGUUUUUCUUUAAAUGUGAACUGAAUUGAACCCUGCCUUCCCCAAAUCCCUGUCUGCGAAGCUACUCUUAUUAGCACUGCUGCAGGUUGUAGUUGAUGAUGAUGAUGAUGGCAUCCGUCUCUCUUGGGUGACAAUGGAAGAGUGCGCCUUUGGGGGUGAAGUCAAACCGUUGGAGAAUUACAGCGCCUGCUGUGACAAGGAGAGAAUGAAAUGAGAGAGACGUGUUUUAUUGCGGAUAUAGCAGAUGAAGGCGUCCGGUUUUGCUGCUACAGGUGCACCAUGGCGUUUUUUCUCUCCGCUCUCCUCCCAGCAGUCAUUCUUCCUUUGGUCACUGCUGUAGAUACAGCAGUGAAUUAAUUAAAAGUAAAUGAAUUUCAGUCAGAGUCUGGGGCAUCCUGAAUAGGGAGCAAGAGCAGAAUCAGCAAGGGCAUGAAGUCAGCGUUACCAUAACCAACCCAAUAUGUCCUCGGGUUGCAUCUCUUUGCUUUAUCCCAUACAAAUGAAUGGCUGCUAUAUUCCCAUGUGGUGCAAAAUGCAGUACUGUACUGACCUUGGGGAUAGCGGCGAAUGACUCACUCAGCGCUGCUGCUGAUUAAUCCCUUCAGGUGCUGUGUGGGAUGUGUACAGAGAAGACCUUUCUCCCAGCACAGGAAAGGUGGAGAAACGGUUUCUGCCCGAGGACCACAUUCCAUUUUGAGCCGCCUUCCAAAGGCCAUGUACUUGUGUUAGCUGGGACCAGAGGCACAAGUAGGCAGAGCAAUGGGCACAAACGUUCCCCUUAAUAGAAUAAGCUGGUUUCUACACUCACUCGGACACCCCUCUUUAUCCUUCAUCCAGACAAGCAAGAGGUGUUAUCAGAGUUCAAUGACACAUACCAGCCAGGCAAACCUAUUCAAGGAGGGCCAGUGAGGGGUGAGGCCUGGGGAGAGUUCGGAAGGCCAAAGAAGAGGCUCGGAGAGGGUGCAACUUGCUCCCAGAUCUGAGGUUUCCCACCCUUGCUCUGCAGAAACACGCACUGCCUGUCAUAAUGCAGGGCAACUUCCUAAUUACAUUAUAAAAAGCAGAAUAAUGCAGUGUGUUUCUGGAUAGUGACUGCUGACAACCUAGAGAAGCAGACGAAAAUUCCGCUUGCCUUCAUAUGCCUUAGCCUCCCAGAUUGAAUUAGAUUAACAACAAUAUGUGUCUUUCAAGAAGACUGACAUAACUGAACUGCAAUAAUGUAAUUACCAGGUAGUACAGGUUUGUUUUUUUUACAAAGACACAGCCAAUUUUAUUGGUGUCAGAAGUUUAUUGUGCUGGAGUUUUGGAGGGGAAGUAAAGGAAUAUCUGCAGUAAUCUAACCUCCGUUGUGUGACUUGCUAGCCCAUUACUGUCAAAUGUGUUGGGGGGGGCAAUACAAAAUACGGAACAUAAAGGUGUGUCUAGGGUGUGACUCAGGAACUAUCCUCUAUGACGUGUCAGAGUUACCUGUGAGAGCACACCUUGGUGUUCUGUGCAGGGAUGGGGAACCUUUUUCAGUUUGAGGCUCACAUUCCUUCAUGAGCAACCUUCCAAAGUCUGUAAGCCAGUGGUGGGCAGGUCCGUAGACAGAAGUGGGUGGAACAACAAAUGUGAUUCUUAGCUUUGUAGAGUCAGUGCCUGCAAUAAUGCCUCUAGAACUUAGAGUCUAAGGUAUAUGGACAGCUAAGGAACUGGCACCUGCUGAACCACCCUAUCCAUAUUUACUGCAGAAAUCGGAUUCAUUCACUUCAUCUGACCCCUAAAGUAGCAGCCAUAUGAAUGUGUUAUAUUACUGAUUGCAUUCAAACAUCACAGCGAGCCAUGGUUUUUUCUCUCUUGUCCAUACCCAGUUGUUGAGAGAAUUUGAUAAGGAUAGAAGAGAGACACAAAAGUGAUAUUGUUAUGCUCUAGACUUGCCUAGCUAGCUGGAACACAUAUAUGACGUUUCCCUGAAAUAGAUUAUACAACUUUUGCAGAGGCAAGUCAUAGUAGUAAUGAGGACUUUCAGCUAUUCUGACAUACACUGGAGGUCUAACUCUGUUCCAAGUGGAACAUCCAAUAAAUAUUUGACUUGUCCUGCUAACAACCUCACAGAUCAGAAGGUGGAGGGGAAGGUUCAGGAGUCCUGCUAUCCUGACCGAUAAGGCUGAGGGAGUGAAAGUGGCAGGAACCUUGGGGGAAAGUGACAGUAUCAUCUUGUAAUUUGUGAUAGGAAGAGAUGUGAGAAUCUAAGCAUAAUAAGAGUUUAGGGAAGCAGAUUGAAAGAAGUUCAAGGAAAUGUUGAGUAUGAAUUCAUAGCUAGAAAUUCUGAAGGAGAAUGAAGGUUGAUGAUGUUUGGGAGAGUUUAAAAAGUGAAAUUUAUUUAUUUAUUCAUUCAUUCAUUCAUUCAUUUUAUAACCUGAAUCUUCCUCCAAAAGAGCCCAGGGCAGUAAACAUGUCAGUACUAAAACAAUGCAGUUAAAAUGUCUAAAAACAGUUAAAAACUCCUAAAAGCAAUCACUAAACACAAUCCAAUAAUUUCAAGGUUGCCACGGACAGAACUUUUAGCCAUCAAAUGGCUAGGCAAACUAGAAUGUCUUAAAUUUCUCCUAAAAGCUAAUAUUUAAUUAUUUAUUUGAAAAAAUAUUUAUAUACUGUAAUACAUAAAAACAACCAUACACCAUAUACAAUAAAAACUGUUACGAAAAAACUAAAACAGAGUUCAACUAACUACUGCAGAAAGAUAUCGAUAAUAGGGAGGGAGACUGGCGCAUCUUGCUAAGGAGGACGUUCCACAAACAGGGAACCACCACAGAGAAGGACCUAUCACAGGUCACAGCCAACCAAGCAACUGCUGGGGCAGCACCACAAACAGAGAUACCGAAGGCGCAAUUACAAACCGUUUCCAUGCCCAGUGCAGCUGCACAAGGAGCUCUCUGAUGAGGAGCAGUUUUGAUCCUCUAAGCCAGUGGUUCUCAACCUGUGGGUCCCCAGAUGUUGUUGGACUACAACUCCCAUCAUCCCUGAGCUCUGGCCUUUCUAGAUAGGGGUGAUGGGAGUUGUAGUUCAACAACAUCUGGGUACCCACAGGUUCAGAAAGGCUGCUAAGCCUCUCCAUCUGGCUUUUGGGACUCUUCCCCACGCCACUUCCAAGCCACUCACCCUCCUCCCAGGCCACGCCCCUCACUGGCUCUGCUUUACACACCCUUCAGUGUUUUUGCCUGGCUGGAGAUAGCUCAGCAUGUAGAGCAUGAGACUCUUAAUCUCAGGGCCAUGGGUUCAAGUCCCAUGUUGAGCAAAAAGAUUCCUGCAGUGCAUGGGGUUGGACCAGAUGACCCUUGUGGUUUCUUCCAACUCUGUGAUUCUAUAUAUGUAUAUAUAACAUUGAUAACUGAUCUUUUUUCACCUGCAUGGAGGAUAUGUGGAUGUGGGUAGAAAGUAGCCUACUGUAAAAUUUACAUUUGUUGCUCUGCUUGUUUUUCCAUUGGCCCCUCCCACCAUUGACAUGUUGCCUGGAUGGUUGUCCAGGAGGGGAUACAGUCCUCAGGCUGAAAAUGGUCCCCCAUCCUUCCUUUGAAAGGACAUGCAUAGGAGAUGUAUAUAGUCAACAAUGAGUAGACUAGGAUACUUCUUACUUGUAAUGGCAGUGUCAGAAAAGCUAUAAGUCCCAGAAUGAGCUGAGACUUAGAUUAGAUGCUAAAAACAAGGAGGACUUCUCUCGUUAUGUCUGGAGAAAGAACAAGAAGGAAGGGUUAGGUCUGUUGCUUGGAGAAGAUGGUGAAGCCUUAACAGGUGAUGCAGAGAAGGUGGAAACUACUCAACUCCUAUUUUGUCUUGGUCUUCUCCCACAAGGGGAAUUGGAUUCAACCUGGGAAAUGUAGAACAAAUGAUAUCAGGAGGGGCUUGCAUCCCAGAAUAGGUAUGGUGAUGGUUAGACACACCUUAAAUGAGUUCAAAUCUCCAGGGCCAAAUGAAUUACACCCUGGAGUGCUGAAGGGAGAGGCAAAAACUAUUUCAGAGCUGCUUAUUGUAAUCUUCAAUAAUUCUUGGAGAACAGGUGAAGUGCCAGAUGACUGGAGGUGGGCAAAUGUGGCCCUUGUUUUCAGAAAGUGAAGAAACUACAGACCAGUCAGCCUGCUGUUAAUACUAGGCAGAAUUCUAGCACAGAUUAUUAAGACUGUCAGCAUCUAAGGAAGACUGCACUGCUUACGAUUAUUUUAUUUAUUAAUUUCUUCCUAUGAACUACCCUGAAGCGAUUUACAAUAUAAUAUAUAUAAAACAGUUGCACGCACACACGCACGCACACAUUUCAUAAAGUUAUGCACCACUUGGUUGUAAAAACAAACAAACCCUGAAAGUUGCUUUUAAAAUUCAUAUUUAAAAACGUGAGUGAGAUUUAAACAACAGCAGCACAUAUAUAAAAUAAAUUCAAAUCCAAGAGAGAUACCAACUGGGAUAAAGAUUACUAGAAGCCAGCAUGAGUUUAUCAGUAGUGCAUCAUGUCAGAACAAUCUUAUUUGAUAGACUCUGAUAAAUCUACUGGUAGACAGGGAGCACCAUGGGUUGUACACAGCUAAGUUUUAUUCAGUGUUGACCCAUUGCUAAUGAUGUCCAUUAAAAUAAAUGGGUCUACUUUGGUUAUGACUAGCGUUAGGUAUGACCCCAUGGACAUUGUAUAGCUUGAUUUCAGAAAAGCAGUUGACAAUGGAACCCAUGAUACCCUUACUGAUAACGUUGUAGAAUGUGGGCUGUGAAUACCGGUUUUGAGAGCCCCAAACAAUUUGUACUUAUGAUGUCAUAAGUACAAGUUGAUGACUUCAGUGGGCAGGUGAGCUGUUCCAUAAGCAUAUAAUUACCGAAUGCUCAGACAUGUCCUGCCCCAAACAAUUGUAAAAUUCAAAUGUAAUCAGGAUCAACUCCUUUUUUUCAUCAAAGAAUUGAUUGUGACGACUAACUGCUGUGUGUGGAAAAACAUGUUCCAUUGUCCAUUCAUUAGCCUUUUAGCAGCCUAGCCCUUUUUGGUUUUCUAUAGUUCUCUCUCUCUCUCUUGCUUUGUUUCUCUGUCUCUCAUUAUCCCAUGUAUGGGGGGAGAAAACACUUCAUAAUCUAUUGUAUGACAUAAGCAUCUUGGUGGUGUCAGCCUUUUUGAAUAAAGAAUGAAUUGUUCUUAAUUGUGAAGAGCACAAGAAGCAUCAAAGGUUAAUAUCCAGCCAUCUCAAUGCAUGAAAACACUGGUAGAGCAAUGGAAAUGCAAGGAACUAUUCACAUCUGUGUUGGUUUUACAUAAAUUAAAAUAGUCCCUUACUUCAGUCUCCCCAAAGGAAGCUGUUAUUUCAGAACAGUAUUAUUGUAACAUUGUUUGGUUAAUUCCACAAGCCUUACCAAGUAGGUUGGUUUCUGUAAUAAAUGUAGGGGUUGCUCGUGCGCAAGUUGGUGCCACUCCUGGCUAGGUUGCCUUGUUAAACCUUUUCUGUCUGGACAGCCCCUGCACUUCGUGGCUGUUCAGUCGCUAGCAGAAUCCGUCAGUGGGCGUUUCUUAAACCUUUUCCAGCAUAAAAGUUGUUUGACUCCAAGUCUCCUCCUACUCUCCCUGCGCGGAAGCCUUCUGCGCAGGGAGGGCGUGGGUAGCGGAGGACCCGUGCUCUCCUCGCUGAUCUCCGGCGAGGAGUCCUGGAACCCCCUCGCCGAUUCCCCCAUCUGCCCCCCUUUAUCCCUGGUGUUACGCUGAUUUCUUUCCGCAGCUGGUGAGCUGCCUCUCCCCCUGCUGGGCCCUUCUCCAGCAUCGCUUGAGAGCCUAGCCUCCGCCUCUGGCUCCGAUGUCAGUUCCCUGACAUCCACCUCCCCCCCAGGACCCCCUUCACCCCCGGCCCGACCUUUUGAUCCAACUUCGUCCCUUUCCUCGGCCGACGAUGCGGGGAAUCCCCGGAAGGAGCUGUCGCCAUCCUCUGAGGAUUCAAAACCCGCUUCCCACCCGCUCCGAUCUCUCCCCGCGGGGUGGGCCUCCCAGUCUGAUUCUUCUUCCUCCGAAGCCUCUCCUCCCUCCUCUUCGGAGGCAGAAAAACCCACAAAAUCCUCUUCAUCGUCUGUGGUUCCAAAUUGCUCCUCCCAGAAUCUCACUAGUGGCUUGGGUUUGUCCGGGAACAGGCUGUGGAAUUCCUCCACAAGAUACCCGUCAUUGAUUGCCUCCGCGGGAACCCACGUGUUUUCCGACCCGGGUUCUCCCUCCCAAGCUACCAGGUACUCCACCUGGCGCCCUCGCCACCUUGAAUCGAGUAUUUCCGUGGCCCGGUUGUGGUGUUCCCUCUCCUCUAUCUGCGGGUGUGUGGUGACUUCGCCUUCCCGCCCGGGACUCCCCGCCCCUCCCUGUACGGUGAGAGUAGGGACCUAUGGAACACCGGGUGUAUCUUCAUGCUGUCCGGCAACUUGAGCUUGAAUGCCACGGGGUUCACCUGCUGUGUUACCUCAAACGGCCCCAGCCGCCUUGGCUGCAACUUCUUGCACCCCCCCUUAAAGGGUAACCCUUGGGUUGACAACCACACCCGGUCCCCCACCCGUAUGGUCUCCCCUUCCCUACGGUGCUUGUCUGCCUGCCUCUUGUAAAUUUCCUUGGCCCGUUCUAAGAUCAUCUUCAGUUGCUGGUGCAGAGCCUCCAUUUCUUCCACAAACUGUUCUGCCGCAGGUACGCUCCACCCUUCCUCCCCACUCCCCGGGAAGGCCCUGGGGUGACACCCAUAAUUGGCCAUGAACGGGCUCAUUCCCGUGGACACAUGUUCAGCGUUAUUGUACGCAAAUUCAGCCAGCGCUAGUUUCUCUACCCAAUCGUUCUGCCUCUCGCUGACGUAGCAGCGUAGGUAUUGCUGGAGUACACUGUUCGCUCUUUCUGCUUGCCCGUUGGUUUCCGGAUGUCUCGCCGUCGAGAAGCUCACCUCUACCUGCAGCAAGCUCAUGAGCUUCCUCCAGAACCGGUAGUAAAUUGUUUCCCGCGAUCCGAAAUUACUCUCGAGGGAGCCCCAUGCAACCUGAAGAUGUGAUCCACAAACAACUUGGCUGUCUCCUCUGCGGUCACCGCAUGUGAACAAGCUAUGAAAUGGCACAUCUUUGUCAAUAGAUCGACUACUACCAUGACUGCUGUCUUCCCCCGGGACUUGGGCAAAUCGGUCAUAAAAUCAAUGGACACCACCUCCCAGGGUCUUCCCGGCGUGGGUAAGGGUUCCAGUAACCCUGCGGGGCAGCCCUUUCCCCUUUGCCCUUUGGCAGCGGUCGCACCCCGUACAUAUUCCCGUACAUCCUCCCUCACCCUUGGCCACCAGAACUGCCUGGUGAUGAGCAUCAUGGUUUUGUGCUGUCCAAAGUGCCCAGCUGUGGGGCUGUCGUGGAGUUGUUUGAGUACCUUUCCCUCAGGGUCUCCCCGGUACAUACAGCGCCCCCUUAUAGUACAGCACCCCUUCCUUUUCCUCAAAACCCCUUGGUUUUCUCUUCCAUCUCGGAGUUCCCGGAUUUUAGUUUGAGCGAACACGUCGUUUCUAGUAAGCCCGGCCAGUUCUCGUUUCCCAACCAAGGCUCCCCCACACACCCAUCGGUCCUCGGGGAUCACGUGUCGUAUCUCCGGCGGUCCCUCUCCUUCCAUGUACUCCGGCUUCCGGGAGAGAGCAUCUGCUCUUACGUUUUCCUCUCCUGGCACGUAUCGGAUUUCGAAGGAAAACUUGGAGAACUCCUGUGCCCAUCGAAUCUGUCUCUGGUUGAGUACUCUUGCGGUCCUCCAGUACUCCAAGUUCUUGUGAUCAGUACAAACCUGGAUCUUGUGCUGUCGCCAUCGGUGAAACGCCGCAUAGAUCGCAAGCAGUUCGUGGUCGUACACCGUAUAGUUUUGCUCCGACUUGCUCAGCUUCCUCGAGAAAAAGGCACACGGCUUCCAUUCCUGCUUGCUCCUCCCUGGCUGCAAAAGAACCGCCCCAAUGGCUCUGUCGGACGCGUCGGUCUCUAGCCUCAUGGGUUUCUCCAGAUCAACGUGCAGGAGCUGCUCUUCCGAAGCGAACGCCUUCUUCAGUCUUUCAAAGGAUUGCUGGGCACUUUCUGUCCAGACAAACUUCUUUUUGCUACUGAGACAAUCUGUGAUGGGCGCUGUCAAGUGGGCGAAGUUCUUGAUGAACUUCCUGUAGAAGUUGCUGAACCCUAGGAACCUCUGCACGUCCUUCCGGGUUUUGGGGGCCUUCCAUUCCAGCACCGCCUGCACCUUGCUUGGGUCCAUAGCUAGGCCUUUGUCUGACAACUUGUACCCCAGAAACUCGACUUCUCUGGUGUGAAACUGACAUUUUUCCAGCUUGACCCACAACUGGUGCUUCUGCAGUCUCUUUAGCACUUCCCUGACGUCUCUGACAUGUUGCUUCUCAUUGUCCGAAUAGAUUAAGACGUCGUCCAAGAAGGCUACGCAGUUCUUGUACAGCAGGGACCCCAACACGUGGUGCAUGAAAGCUUGAAAACAGGCGGAGCCCGACUGUAAUCCAAAUGGCAUAACUAAGUACUCAAAGGCCCCCAGGGGGGUGAACAUUGUGGUCUUCCAUUCGUCCCUCCCUCAUCCUAAUCAAAUUGUAGGCUCCCCUGAGGUCCAGCUUGGUAAAAAAAUUUCCCUGCCUCACCCGUGUUAAAAUGUCGUCAAUCCUGGGCAUUGGGAAGGUCACGGGUUCUGAUACCAAAUUUAACGCCCUAAAAUCUACGACCAAUCUGGGCUGGUUAGUCCCUUUUUUGUCCACAAAGAACACCGGACUGCCCCCACCGCCUUUGAUUCCCUUAUGAACCCCCUCUUCAGGUUCUUGUCAAUAAACUCCCGCAACUCCUUCAUCUCCCGGUCCGACAUGGCAUACAGUUUACCCACUGGCAGCUGAGCCCCUGGGAGCAAGUUGAUUUGGCAGUCAAAGGAUCUAUGGGGGGGUAGUCUAUCCGCCUCCUUCUCGCUGAAGACCUCCUGCAGGUCAGCAUAUUGUGGUGGCACCUCCCCUUUCGGCUCCACCACUAACCCAGCCACCCUGGCCACGGUCAUCCUUGGGGUUUCCCCCCCUAGACAGUGUUCCAAGCAGUAAGCUGACCCAAAGGUGACCGUCCGCUGAUGCCAUGCCACUACUGGAUCAUGUAGUGCCAGCCAGCUCAUCCCUAAUAGUAUUGGGGAUCCUGCCAGUGUGGCUACGUGAAAGGCAAUGGUCUCCGUGUGCCUGGAAACCCUCAUUCUCAUUGGUGGGGUCUGGUGUGUCACUUCCCCUCCCAGAAGCUCCCUGCCAUCAAUGGUGGUCACUUGCAAGGGAAAAUCCAGGGGCAGCAGGUGGAGCUGGUGCUCUAGGGCGAAGUCCUUGCUGAAGAAAUUGCAGGAACUGCCUGAAUCCAACAGCCCCUUCACCUUGACUGGGUGCCCAUUCGGGAGUUCUAGCACCACUUCUAUGGCUAUGGCCGCUCUGGGGGGGGUCUGGCUGGGGCACUUCUAUUGGUUGCUGGCCUGGCUGCUGUGCCCGCUGAGUGGCAGCCAAGCGUUGGCGUUUCCCUGCUCCUGCUCUUUUCCCCCCUCCUCCUCACCUCCAGCAGCUCCCACCAUUCCUUGCCAGGCCUUUCUUUGAGGGCAGACCCUGGCAAAAUGUCCUGGCCGCUGGCAGAGGAAACACUUCUUAUUAGUUUUCCAAUCCUUUCCCUCCCUUUUGCGACCUUCACUGGAGUUUGAAACCUCCCGUGCGCGCGCCCCAUCAAUUUCCAUUGGCUCCGCUGGCGGGGAAGGCUGCCUCGGUAUUUCAGGAAUGCGGUAGUCAUGGCAACGUUCUCCUCUCCCUUCCCGCUUCUCCUGAGCCCGCGCUUCCUGUCUUACACCAAUCGCAAGCACAGCCUUGGUCAGCUGAUCCAUCGACUGCGGGCGGGGCGCGCGGGAAAGCUCAUCCUUCACCGUUGGGGACAUCCCCUCCUCAAACAACAUCUGAAUGGGUUCUGAGUCCAAUUCCCACCCGAGCCGGUGGACUAACAUGGCAAAGCGCGACCAGUAGUCUCUAACUGACUGGUUCCCCUGUUUACAACCCAUCAGUUCCCGCCGAGUCACACUUUGCUGCACAUCACUGGAAUACAUCGCAUCCAUCGCCUGGAAGAAUUUCCUCAGGUCUUUCAAGGCGGCAUUUUGCGUUGCCAUUAGGGGCCUGAUCCAUUCCCUGGCCCCAUCCUGCAGAUGCCCGACAAUGUAUGCCACCCUCUCCCCAUCGUCCGCAAAAUCCUUAUGUUGCAGUUCCAAAGCGUAUUCUAUUUCCGUUCGGAACGCGUUGUAGAUCUGGGGCUUCCCCCCAAACUUGUGUGCCAGUCCCGGUACCUUCCUUGCUACGGGGUUGGGUCUGACCUGUGCAUCGUGAGCCCGCCUUUCUUCCAACCGCGCCGUGAGAAGAGCCACAUGCUGUUCCAAAUCUCGGUUCCUCUCCACCAGAUUUUGCACUCCGGCUGCUCCCUCCGUGGCGCCGGCUUCUCCGGUUUGGCUCAUUCUGCUGCCUGCCUGUCGCUGCGCACAAGCAACGUCAAGGACUGAUGGAUUGCUGUAAUAAAUGUAGGGGUUGCUCGUGCGCAAGUUGGUGCCACUCCUGGCUAGGUUGCCUUGUUAAACCUUUUCUGUCUGGACAGCCCCUGCACUUCGUGGCUGUUCAGUCGCUAGCAGAAUCCGUCAGUGGGCGUUUCUUAAACCUUUUCCAGCAUAAAAGUUGUUUGACUCCAAGUCUCCUCCUACUCUCCCUGCGCGGAAGCCUUCUGCGCAGGGAGGGCGUGGGUAGCGGAGGACCCGUGCUCUCCUCGCUGAUCUCCGGCGAGGAGUCCUGGAGCCCCCUCGCCGAUUCCCCCAUCUGCCCCCCUUUAUCCCUGGUGUUAACGCUGAUUUCUUUCCCCAGCUGGUGAGCCGCCUCUCCCCCUGCUGGGCCCUUCUCCAGCAUCGCUUGAGAGCCUAGCCUCCGCCUCUGGCUCCGAUGUCAGUUCCCUGACAGUUUCAUACAUGCAUCCUUUUCUGUUAUCCCUUACCAGUUGUAGCAUGUGGGAACAGCAAAAUGUUGCAGACUCUUCAGGUAGUUUCAUCCUCUCUGCCUUCCGGUUUUCUGUUUGUCCACCCCUUAGAAUCAGCCUGAAUUCCAUGACUGCUGAACAGGCUCAGUCUUCAUUCGGCUGGGGUGAGGGCUCCCUUGUUUUUCCUUUUUAAAAAAAUCACUUUUGUACCUCCCCUUUUGGAACACUUACUCAGUACACUUCCAAAGGCUUCAUAGAAAUGUGUUUUUCAUGGAAGAAAGAGAUGCUGGUAUUGCACAGGUGUUGUGUGUUCAGGCAUGUUUUACCAAGGUGCUGGCAAGCUGGGUGGAAGAACAAGCCCUGCUGAGGGAUGUGGCCUAAGGAGAAAGGAUAGGCCUAGGGAGAGUCCCAUGGACCAGAUCAAGAGACCCGGAAGACUGCAUUUGUCCCCCGGGCCUGAGGGUCCCCAUCCCUGCAUAAAGUAUGCAUGACAGAAAAGCGAGUACAAUUGCAAAAAUCAUACUUUUGCAACCUUUAUACUUUGCAUGGAACACCGGUGUAAUAUUAGGUGCCCAGUGGGUGGCAGGGACUCUCCACUGCUCCUGCAUCCAGCAUGCGGAGAUUGUUGCCUCUUUGCAGGUGUAUGAAUCAUGGCCAAGUAAGCAAGCAGGCCAGAAUUCACAAAGGCGGAAGUGGGAAGAGGCAGAUCGAGAAAUCUCUCAUACAGGACCACAUACGGGAUUCAUUCCAGAAGAGUUGCAUUGUUAAACUGGAGCAGCGGGAGCAGGCGUCCAACCCCCCACCCACAUACAACACAGAGAGUGCUGGAGCACAUUGGAAACUAGUAUGAAAUGCAAGCAUGGAUGUUUUAUAGAUACAAAGUGCAGGGUUUGAAUAGACAUUGGCAACUACUAAGCCUAACGUUCACAGGUUUUAAUUUUUGCAUUGUCAGGAGCUUUCUAGGGCUCGAGAACCAGAGCUCUCAGUUCUGUGCACAGCUGUCUCUGCCCCCCACCCCCAUCCCUGCUUGCUUUGCAUCAACAGAAUGUCAUAUUAAUCCUGAAAAUCAGAAAAGAAAGAGCCCUAGAACUAUAUUCUCAGACUCUUAAGUACCGUAGUUUUCCGUGUAUAAGACGACCCCAUGUAUAAGACGACCCCCUUUUUUAAAAACUCAGAAUUAAGAAAUUAAGUUGUUUAGCUUUGGGGGGGGGGUCACUUCCACCAAUCGCUCACCUGCCUUCCCGCCACUGCCAAUCGCUUGUCACAGCCAUGGCCGAUCGCACACCUGGUUGCAUCCGGCAAUUGCCUGCCUGCUCACCGCCACCAACAACCCACCCGCCCACUUGCCGCAGCUGCCAAUAACCUGUUUGCCUCGCCACAGCCACCAAUCACCUGCCCAAUUGCCACAGCCAGUCGCCAGCAGGCCUUGCCACAGCCACCAAUCACCUGCCCAAUCGAUGCUGCCAAUUGCCUGCUUGCUUCUGCCAUUAAUCGCACGUCCCCCCACUCUGCAUUCACUAUCAGUGUAUAAGACGACACCCAGUUUUUGUCUAUUUUUUUUUUUUAGCAAAAAGCAUCAUCUUAUACAUGGAAAAAUGUGGUAAUAUAUGAAAAAAGUGAAUGGCUAAAGAUAGAUAGAAUUGACCCUGUUUAUUUAAACAUUUCCACAUGGGGUGCCCCAUCCAUAAUGUUGGGGAAAUAGCCAUAGACUUUCAUACAUGAUUUGAAACAGCAAAUCAGCAAUCUUGAAGAAAGCACCUCCAACUAUUUGUUUCAAAACAUUGGAACUCUGAAAGCCACAGUCUCUCUGACUUGGAAAUAUGUCCUAUUGCUAAUGGUCUUGGUGGACCACUUGAUGAUUUUUCUGCCCCUUGUAGCAAAUAAAAUGUGUUGUGCUAGGUGCUAUAUGAUUUUUAAUUGUAUGUUCAUUGCUUCUUUUAUUUCUUAUAUUGUAUUUUAUUUUAGUACAAUUUGAACUCCUUUCCACAGAAUUAAAAUUGUAAUACAAUAAAAUACAAUAUAAGAAAUUAGAGAAGCAAUUAAAUGCAAUUAAAAAUCAAUGUGAACAUUUGAUGUGCCAUCUCCCAUCUUCAACAACAGAUCCACAGACAUGCUGUGGAUUACAUGAAUGAAGCUCACGGACCACUGGUGGUCCACAGACCACAGUUUGGGAGCCCUAGUUGCAAGCAGUAAAUCUGGGAAUAUUAGAAGAAAAGAGAAGUUUUGGAAUAUAGACUCAAGACUCUUAACAGGUCAUGAACGUAAUCUGGAACUAUAUACACAGUCUUUGAUUUUCACUUUUUAGAAAAAUGUUUAGCUUAUGCCAGACUCCUUUAGAAUUUUUCCAUCUUAAGUGUUCUUAAUGGGAUUGGAUGAAGCUGUCUUGAUUUGAUUAAUGUCUCUUUUAUAUCUAUUGACCAGCAUCUCCACCAUCUCCAUUAUGCACAGAUCCUAAAAAUGUCACACUUUUAGCAUUUUUUUAAAAAGAUUGAAGUACCUAUUAGGUGUUCAGAGGGCUGUUUUUUUCUUUUUUUAAGCUGCUUGGAGAAGCUAUUGUUAGUACAGUAUGGCACCCAGUAAGUAAAAUGCCUUUUAAAUACUCCAGGAAGGAGCCAUAAAACUUAAUGCACAGACCCUUCUGGAGAAUUGUACAGAGAAAGAAAGAUGGGUGCCUUCUUGUACCCAUUGGCCGGCCAUCUUUUUUCCUGUACAGUGGCCCUUGUAGCCUCCCAUAUUUUUUUCUCUAUAUAAUUCCCCAGGAAGUGACUUUUCAUUAUGACAUAUUGCUACCAACAGAAGCACUUUUAAAAUGCACCACACUACUUACUAGCUGCUUGACUGUUGCAAAAGAGAAAAUGCGAAUAAUUUUGAAUAUUUCACGCCGGCCCAACUCAGAUAGAAGUAAGGAGUACACACCACCUAACACUGGGGAAAAGCUCUGGCAAAAUCCCUCCUCAAACAAACAUUUAAUGUAAAUCUCUAAGAAAGCUUCUAUAAACUCAUUUUUUAUUAUAUUUGACAUCAUUGUGACUUAAUCACAUUUAUAGCCCAGCAAGUAAACUAUGUUAGAGAUGCAAUACAAUAAAUGCAGACAUGUUUUCUUGACUUGUCCUAAGAUAAAGUCUAGGAUAAUGUGAUAAGAGAAAUGGAAGCAAUAACAGGAUAUGUACUCUCAACAGAUCCAUUAGUUAUUUUACUUGGUGUGUUAAAGAUUUGGCCUUAACAGAUGAUAGAGAAAUGGUCUCGAACUUGUUCAUGGCUUCUUGCUUGACUAUUUGUCAAAACUGGAAAAAGAUAAGAACUCUGACACUUGAAGACUGCGUAACCGAAGUAUGGGAUGUAGUAAAUAACAUAAAAUGGACUAAUAUGGUCAGUCAAAGAGGAAACAGAGCCUUAUGACCAUUUUGUUGAGGAAUGAAACAUAAUCAUAAUGUAUUGGUGUGCAGUAACAUACAAGAAAAUAUUAAUCCACUUAUGUGGAUAGACAUCUUGUGAAGUAUCUGCUGUGAGAAUGUUCAUAUUCCUUCUAGUUAAGAUGUUCGUUUGCCACAUUAUUAAUGGUUUGUUAUAAUUUACAACCUUCAAAUUCUCAUUAAAUAGUCCUAAUAUAUAUUUGAUUAAAAAACCCUUAUCUGGAAAACUGCAGUGCCCCUUCUAGAAACCUUUAAGCAUCAUUGCAAGAUGGUGUCUUUCUGGCGUGUGAAACUGGCAUAAGUGCUAUAUGCACAGCGAAGCAAGGAAGGCACUUCAUGAAAAAAGAUUCUUCGGGAUAUGAUCACACUUGUGAGAGGUGAGUAAUGGGACUCACAAGAGAAUUUUUUCUAGGAAAAAGUGCUCUUUUACAUCCUAAGUGUGCUGAAGACACAGGUGAUAAUUCAUAGAAGCCACCAAAGUAACUUGAAGGGCAACAUCCAAUUCAGACUGGAACAUCUUUGGAAAGAUCUCUCCAAACUGAGCAUCAGAGUAGAGAGAAAAAUGGCAUCUGUUGGAUCCACUUAAAUCUGGGUACAGAACUGGCUUCAGGACUAAUCUGCCUUGGUGGAAAAUAUACUCCAUAGUAGAAUACAAAGGUCAUAGGUAUACCAAACAUAUAAAAUAAUCAUGAAUGUUGCUAAAGAAACUCAUAUUUAGUGGGGGGGGGGAGAUGCCAGCUAUGAGAUUGUUUAGUCAUAUGAAUCACAAAUGGCCUCCAGGCAGAAGUGAAGCCGCCUUGAUAACUGAUAUUGGAAAACAUUUCACAAAGCAGUUUUUCUAAAUAAAACUGUGCCUAUAAAGUAUAAACUUGUGUGCUCUGGGAAUAGUCAGAACCCUCCAUUUUCCUAAUGAGGUUUCAUCAGGCUUCAUGAAACACUCAUCCUAUGAAUGCCAUAACUCGACAAGAAUGGAGAAAGACCAUUUGGAAGCUACACAACCCAUUCCUUCUUAGCAGUCUCCUUCCUUGUCUCUUGUCCUCUUCUCAUGCACCACCAUUAGCUAAGAAAUGGCCUUGCAACUUCAAGGGUGUCUUAAUGGAUUCUGUUCCACAUAGCUUUUUAAAUGAUGCAUCAAAUCGUAGUAUAAUGUUGAGUUCUGCUUCGCUUCUGGUAAGGAAGCAUCUAUGGACUUCAACACAAAAUAUUAUGGAAAGCUCCGGUAUAAAAUCAGAUGUGACUUGUCUAGACAUGUAGCAAUUCAGCCUUUAACUCCCAGAUGGAAAGGAGGAUGGGACCGAUGGAUGGAUACCUGUAUACAUGCAUACUAUAUAGAUUUAUCCUUCUGAAUACCAGUUGCUGAGUGGCAGCAUAGAAGUCCUGUUGCCUUCAUCUCAGAAGCAUUUGGUUGAUCAUGGGAAAGAAAUUUUAGACUAGAUGGACCUUUCAUCUGAUCCAGCAGGAAUCUUAGAUGCUUGUGAAUGGAUUACAGUGGUCCAAACACACGUCCUGGUCCAUGUGAUGACCACACAUGUUCAGGGAAGGGACCACAGCUUCAUGGUAGAGUACAUGUUUUGCAUGCAGAGUGGGGCUCAGGUUCAAUUUCCAGUUAAAUGGUCACAUGGCAGGCCAUGGUAAAAACCUCUACCUGUGAAUCCGGAGGGCUGAUGCCAACUGAAGUAGACAAUUUGUUGAGCCUGGUGUGAGACCACUUCUGAUGUUUUAAAUGUAAAGUAAUUGUGAUUGGAAGAAUUAGGUGUGUUUAGGCACAUUUACUGGGCCAUGUCAAAGUUGUAACAAAUGCUUGGCCCCCUUCCUAUAUAAGCUUAAAUUGUUCUUUUUGUCUUUGAUGCAAUGCUGUGCCUUCGGUCUAUGCAUUACUGUCACUGCUUCUUUCUGUGCUGUGUUUACAAUCAGACACACACAGAGGGAGGGAGGGAGGGACUGGUGCCAUUUACAUUUUGCUGGAAAAUGACGUGCUGGUAUGGGAUCAUAAAUUCCAGGCAUAAUUGCAGAGUCACCUAAUCCUGGAGCAUUAUUUGCCUCAGUAAAAGAAAACUUUCAUUUCACUUAUGACCUUACAGCAGUUGCCACACCUUCUGGAUCCUGUUCACUGUUAGGCUAUAGAUGCAGGGCAGACAAAAAAAAUGGUAUUACUUCACACAACACAUACUUAAUGGAAUUUGCUCCUGCAAAAGGCAGUGGUGGCCACUGACUUGGAUGGCUUUAAAAUAGGAUUGGACAAAUUCAUGGAUGAUGAGGCUAUCAAUGGCUAUUAAGCCUGCUGGCCAUGCUCUUCUUCCAUGCUCAGAGGCAGUAUGCUUCUGAAUACCAUUUGCUGGAAACCACAGAAGAGGAAAGUGCCUUUGCACAUAGGCAUCUGUGAGAACAGGGUGCUGGACUAAAUGGGCCACUAGCCUGAUCCAGCGGGCUCUUAAGAAUGUUCUUAGGUUGGAUCCCAGCUAGCUCUGUGGUCCAAAGGCACAGAAUUCAGAAAACUUUCUGAAGCAGGUCUAUGGUGAUGCUUCCUACAUAAGAAGAGACUUUCAGGAUCAGACUAACAAUCCAUGUAGUCCAGACUCCUGUGUCCUAUAGUGGCUAACAUGGUACCUCAGGAAACCCACAAGCAGGGCAUGAAGACAAUUGCCUUCCCCUGUUGUUGUCCCCCAACAAGGCUGGAAAUGGUGGCCCUCCAGAUUUGUUGGACACCAACUCCCAUCAGCCCUAGCAGCAUGGCCAAUAGUUAGGGAGUUGGAAUCCAAUAUCUGGGCUACAGGUUAGCCACCUCUGUUUCUAUGAGACAUACUCUCUCUAAACAUGGAGGUUCAAUUUAGCAAUCAUGAUUAGUAGCCAUUGAUAGUAUUAUCUUCCAUGAGUUUGUCUAAUCGACCUUUGAAGCCAUCUGAUCUUGCUGUUGCAACUGUUGUAGGGAACCCCUGCAAUAUAUGUCAUUUUCAUACUAAAACCAUUGCCCACAAAAACCCAGUGUGGCCCUUUUACUUCUCCUCCUCAACUUUUAAAGCACCUAGCAUGAAAAAAAACCCUUAACCUAUUCAUCUGUAAUUUGUCAAGUUUCUUUCUUGAGGCAUUUAUCUCACAUAUGUCAUUUCCAUACAGAAAACAAUAGCAGAUAUUAAGCAACUACCCCAAAUGUGCAGGAAAAGCACAGCAGCUAUCUUUCUGAAAUUUGGCUGGAUUCCCCUCAAAAGGGGAAUGUCUAUAAAUUCCAGCUGAUUCGGCCAAAAAAGUUAUAAAUGGUUCAUUAAAAAAAAAAAAUCUUUAAAGGUGCCCAGCACAAAAUCCCUAGACCUGUUUUCUGUAAUUUGGCAGGCUUUAUUCACCCCGAGGAGCUACUAUGCAUGCAAAUGUCAUCCAAUUCUGUCAAAAGGAAGAAAAGUUAUAGGUAUCAUUAGUUUUACCCAUAGUAGUGAAUUGGGGAAGAAACAACACUUCAUUUUUUCCAAGUCAAAAUUUGGACCUAAACCAAAGCAGGCAGCCUCCACAGUGCUUCAGACUAAAUUUGGCUCCAGAUUAGAAUCUUGAGAUCAGUGAACACCUUUACCAUAUACUGGUCCAUCUGGUUCAGUAUUGUCUACACUGACCAGCAGCAGGAUUCCAAAUAGUGGGAAGGCUUCAGCUGAACACACUGAGAAGCCGCAUUCAGACCUUUCCUCUCAAUGCAGGAGGGUCAGGGUGGAGCAGCCAUGGAUGAGGACACUGAGGGUUCGAUCAGCAUGUCUGCGCCUGCUAUUCCUACAUACUUUAUGCCUAUACUCAUUCAAAGAACUCAUGAAUAAUGCUCGCAAUUUUUUAAGCAUCGUACCAGUUUAUCUAUUUUUACGGGAAGGUGAAUAUUGAUUUUAUAUAUCUGUAUAGUAACUGAAAUCAGAGAAGCGCCUAGCAUUUUAAAAUUCAGAAGGCUUUCCCUGAAAUGUGGCCCAGCCAUUUAAUGUAACAAUAACUGUAAAAUUGUAGAAAUGGUUUUGUUCCCUUUAGUUUCCCUGCAUUUUAUAUUUUAUCUUAUUUUAUUUUACUGUACAGCACUUCAGUAACUUUUGGUUGUGGAGAAGCUUAUAAACCUGCAAAUAAAUAGUAACAGACGAAAAAUCAAGAAUUGUUCAAACCAUUUUGUGAGGCUUGGUGCUAUCUGAUAGACUUGACAGCAACGAACUCAGUUGAACAAGCAUGUUAGAUUGGCAUUCUGUAUACCAGGAGUAGGGACCUUUUUUGGUCCAAUGGGCGAGAUCUUUCUCUCCUCGUGUGAACCAACCCACUUGUCAAUCAUAUGAUAACAUAAUAUCAGGUAGAUUGUCCCAUCCACCUAUCAAAGUUGGCCCAUAGGGAUGAAAAGGUAUUGCCCAAGCAGAAGUGAACUCCCCGUGCAUUGCUUGAUGUGUGGAAAGUUCAAUCCUGCUUUCUGCAAGUUUGGACACACCAGCCGGUUCCCUGCAGGACCUCACUGACGUGUCCAAAACCAACAGAGCAAAUAUAUUUGGAUACUUUUAAAUGACUCAAGAGAUGCAAAUGAGUAAAGCUCCACCAGCUGAGAAAUGUUUACUUACAUUCCCCAUGAUCCAAAUUAGUCCUCUGGAAGAGGCAGGGAGAAAUAAUGUAUUUGUAGCAUUACAUAUGAUGCCAUGUUAAAUAAAAUCCUAACCUUCCAAGCCUUGUUAAGUUCCUUUCAACAAGGACUCAGGAAGAGCUUUGCAAGUUUAAACCUCAUUAAUAAAUUAAGUCUCCUCAUUUCCACAAGGUGAGCAAAGUGUAAAUAAGGAGCAUUUCCAGAAUAUUAAGUCUUCCGAAACGGUUCAGCAUAAGCCUGGUGAACUUCCUUCCUUUAAAUAACUGUUUGUACUGGAGACAAGUGUGUGUGUUUUCAGAGUAACAAACUCUCUAUUAAAUUAAGCAUGACUAUGAAGCUUAUUUUGGGAGUCUUGGGUUAUGCGUGCUUUGCACUUGAACUUAGAGCUGCAUAUAUAUUUUUUUUAAAAAAAUGUGAUUGUUAACGUUUUUUCCUCCUUUAAAUGAGAAAUCAGCCGCACCAGUGUAAAGGAGGAAAAAUACCCCAGUGGACAGGAUUGGAAUGCCAACACGUCAAAGCCAAGCGUUAGGGAGAAAUUGAGCUACUGAUGAUGAUGGGAAGAGUCACCACAGAAUGAUUUUCUGCAUCAAAUCACACAGUUUCCUCAUAGGGCAUCACAGCUGUAGAACAUCCUCCCUGUAGAACUGGGGUGGGGAAUCUCAGGCCAGAUGUGACCCAGGGACUUUUCCCUCAGCCCUCACCGACUCUUCUCUGUGCCUUCCUUGGAUGUCCUUGCCUGACUAGAAUGUUUCCUUGCUCUCUGGCAUUCUCUUGCUUCCCUAGAUGGAAGGGAGAAUGAGUGUGUAGAAACUAGCCUACUGUGGAAAGAUAAAAUUGGCAUUUGAUGCUCUGUCCACUUUGGCCCUCCCCACCCCUGGCAUGUGGCCCCCAGAAGAUUAUCCAAAAAGGAAGGUCAGGCUCAAAUAGUUAUACAGUUUUGUACAAGGACAACGUAGCGCCAACUUUGCUGUCUUCUCAGCACCAAGUCAAAACAUUUCUGUUUGUGUAGACAUUUUAGAUGUUUUGUCUGCCCUGUUGUGUUUCACUGCUUCUUAAAAUUGCUUUGACUAUAUAUUACAGAUUUCAGUUCAUGGUUCCAUUUAUUUUGGUCUUAUUUUGUAUACUGGCCUGAUACCUAACUGUUAAACUCUGAUCACCUCAGCCUGGCUGGGGAUAAUGAAAGUUGGAGUCUAGCAACAUAUGGAUUAACUAGACUGGAUGCUUUCAAUCUCUUUACAGAGGAGGAGUAAGGGAAAUAUGGGAGCCAACAGCAGACUUUUGUUCAUUUACGGAGUGCAAGGAUAGCCAACAUAGUACCCUGCAGAUGUUUUGAAAUACAGCUCCCAUCAACUCCAACCAUUAUGACCAAUAGGCAGACAUCAAUAAUAGAACCAUAGAAGUGUAGAGUUACAAGGUGAGUCCUUUAAAAGAGGCCUCGUGGAUACAGAGUACACAUGUUCCACAGGGCCUCUUUUAAAAGACUCGAUCUGUAGAAGGGACACCAAGGUUCAUCUAAUCAAACCCCCUGCAAUGCAGGAAUCACAGCUAAAGAAUGCCUGACAAAUGGCCAUCCAACCUCUGUUUUUAAAAAAACCCAAUGAAAGAGAAUCCACCCCUUUCCAAGGUAGUCCAUUCCAGUGUUGAAUAGUUCUUACCAUCAGAAACUUAUUCCUAAUGGUUAGUCAGAAUCUUCUUUCUUGUAAUUUGAAUCAGUUUGUUCCGAUCCUAUACCCUCUGGAGCAGCAGAAAACAAGCUUGCUCAAUAUUCCAUGUGACAGCCCUCCAGAUAUUUGAAGAUGGCUUUCAUAUCAAAUCUCGCUCUUCUCUUCUUCAGACUAAAACCAGUUCCUUCAACGGUUCCUUGUAAGGCUUGGUUUCCAGAUCCUUUAUCACAUGGUGGGACCAAAAUAUCUAAAUGGUACCAUGUCAUGCUGCACCAUGAUUUUGUCUUAUGCGCCAGUGGAAUUAUAAGUGGCUGGUUCCUGUGUUACAUGCUGUGUCAGCCAUAUUUACAAGUUAAGACAUAGCAUGCUAAGAACAAAAGAAGUGUUUUCGCAUCACUGUGAGACUGCUUUAGGUGCAGCAGAGAUGAAAGGAAAAGGAAAUUGUAUGCAUUCUCCAAUUUAAAUUAACAAAAAUGGGGAAUAUAAUAAUGAUUUGGUUUGUAUGUGUCAGUUCCAACUGAAAGGAGAAUGGAUGGGGGAAUGGAAAACUUAAUGACUAGUUUCUUCCUUUUCAGAAUUGAAAAUAUAUUUUGAUUAAUCUCUAGUAGCCAGAUAAUACAUUUUUUCUUAUUAGCAGAAACUUCCUCAAAUGUACUUUGAGAUGCUGUAGAACGUAAAAGGAGGUUAUUACCAGACUAUGAAAGUAGCAAAAUACUCACAGAUUUUCAAAGCUGGAAUAGUGGAAAUGAAACUGCUUCUUCGAAGAUAAUUAUGGGUUGAUCAUUGGAGUGCACUAUGAAGAAAAGGGUUAGGUUCAUCUCUUGAUGAUAAUCAUGUUCUCAGGCUGUAUUAUGAUAUUUUCAUUGAACCCCAUACAUGGCGGGCUUGGCACUUGUUCAUUCAGCAAUCCUACAUUGUGGGAGCUACUGCUUUUAGUCAGUAAUACUGAAUUUCAGUGGCACUGCUCUGUGUAGCAGUGGUUGUAUACCCAUGUGCAUUCAUUCAUCCAUUUUAUUUGUUUGCCACUUUUCCAGACAAAAAAAAUACUCAAAGCAGCUUACAACAAAGGAAACAGGAAUACAUUUCAACCAAAACACUACAAAAACAAUUUCCUAACAUUGCAAAACAAUAACAUAGUAACAAUUUCAUAAUUAAAUAGCAAAACAAAAGCAAACAUAAUAACAUACAAAAAGACCCACAUUUCAGUAUUAUAAAUAUAACAAGAAUACUGUACUUAAACAACAAGCAGCAUCCAAUAGCAAAAAUAACUAGAGAGUUUCUCAGUUUCACCUUAGUCCUGGAAACACCCCUUCCAUGAUUUUGCCCAGCGUCCCUUGCAAGGCUUCCAAGGGCAAGGGGUGGGGUAGCUGAAAACACUCACCUGCCCGCCAUGAUGUUGUACAAGCCUGCAUCAAGGAUAGAGCAUCUUUUUAAGCCUGAGGGCCAUAUACUCUUGCAGGGUCAGUCAUCUAGGGGCCGCAUCGUAAGCAUGGAUGCGGCCAGAUGCAAAAGUGAGUGUAGCAACUGUGGGACUAAUAAUAAUAAUAAUAAUAAUAAUAAUAAUAAUUUUAUUAUUUAUAUCCCAGCCACUCUGGGUGGCUCAUAGCACAUAAAAAUGGUAAAGCAUUAGACAUUAAAAAUGUACUGAUACAGGGUUGCCUUCAGAUGUCUUCUAAAAGUCAGAUAGUUGUUUAUUUCCUUGACAUCUGAUGGGAGGGCGUUCCACAGGGCGGGUGCCACUACCGAGAAGGCCCUUUGCCUGCUUCCCUGUAACCUCAGUUCUCGCAGUGAGGUGAGGGAACCACCAGAAGGCCCUCAGAGCUGGGCCUCGAUGUCUGAGCUGAACGGCAGUGGUGGAGACACUCCUUCAGGUACACUGGGCUGAGGCCGUUUAGGGCUUUAAAGGUCAACACCAACACUUUGAAUUGUGCUCGGAAAUGUACUGGGAGCCAGUGUAGGUCUUUCAGGACCGGUGUUAUAUGGUCUUGGCAGCCACUCUCAGUCACCAGUCUAGUUGCCGCAUUCUGGAUUAGUUGUAGUUUCCAGAUCACCUUUAACGGUAGCCCCACAUAGCGCGCAUUGCAGUAAUCCAAGCGGGAGAUAACUAAAGCAUGCACCACUGGCGAGACAGUCUACGGGCAGGUAGGGUCUCAGCCUGCAUACCAGAUGGAGCUGGCAGACAGCUGCCCUGGACACAGAAUUGACCUGCACCUCCAUGGACAGCUGUGACUCCAAAAUGACUCUUAUCUUUCUACAGUAGGCUGCAUUGCACCCAUGCAAACAUCAGAGGUUUCUGUACAUGUGCACAACUCUCUCUCCAAGUAGGAAAGAGGCAUUGAUUCAAUGAUGCAUUCAGGGAAGGGAUGGACAAGGACCAAUGAGGAAGGUUGUCUCUAGGAAUGGGAGAGUCCUGAGGUUUCCCACUCCUGACCCACACAGAUAAGGUUUUAAUGUUCACUCAUAGCAAUCCUAAAAGGAAGAGUCAGCCAGAGUCAGCCAGGUUUUUAUUACUGACAACCCAUCAAUAAGAUGGAAUAGAAAAUAUGAAAUCACAGCUUCCAUUAUAACCAAUCAUUAUUAUUUAAAUGACAAGCUGAGAACUAGCAAUCAUAGCAGGGCUAUUAGAACAUUCAGAUACUAUGUGAACUGUUUGAUAAUAAAUUUAUUGUUCACAUCAUGGAAGAUACUCAGAACAGUGCUUUUUUCUGGCAGUACACAAUGGUAUGCAGUACCGACAAUUUUUGGCUGGGAAGGAGACAGGAGGGCUUUCAGGCCCUCUCAGAGCACUGUGCCUCCUUCCCUAAGAUGGGCAAAUGGUCCCCGGGCUCAGGGAAGGAGGCACAAUCCCAUACUGGUUGGACAGUAUGAUCCUGUGGUGAAAAUAGGCAUGUGCAGUUAGGGUCUGUGAGUACAGAAAAAGGUAUGGUGUUACAGCAAGUCAUUUAAUUAUAAUGCAUUAUGCAUUAUACCAGGCUUAUACCAUGCAUUAUAACUAUAUAUGCAUGAAGUUCUAUUAAAACAUGUAAUUAUUUUAUGUGUAAUUGUUUUUCCUAGGCUCAAGGAAAUUUUGUGCCCAGGGCAACAGCAUGACCAGGGGUAGCCAAUGUGGUACCCUUCAGUUGCUGGACUACAACUCCCAUUAGUUGCAGUCAGUGUGGUCAAGGAUAAUGGGAGUUGUAGUCUAGCAGUAUUUGAAGGGCUCCAUGUUGGCCACCCCUAGGUUACACAGGCAGAAAAUUUGCCAUCUAAAAUCUUUUGACGGUAGAACAUUAAAACAGGCCGAGAAAAUGGCUCUAUUUUUUGUAGGCAUCUUUAAAAUAAAACAGAUAUGCCUUACAUAUAUUGGAAGAAGCCUAAACCAUAUCCAACCAUCACUAAAAAUAAAUAAAACUUAAAGAGAAAAGAAACAAAAUCCAGUGGAUUCAGGAUCCUGGGCUUGCCUCUUGACAGUCCUUUGAUAUGCCAGCCUCGGUUUUUGACAGCAGAGAUAAAUCUCAAUUAGUCACCACUGCCAUCUGUAACUAACACAUACUUCCUCAACAAAAAACUCUGAAGUGGAGUCCUCAAAGGGAAUUUACGAGCAUGGGCAGUUUCAUAUUUGCCAAGUUUUGGUUAUGACCACACAUGACGGGGUUAAAUGGUGGGGCGGGGCGUGGAUUUCUCUAGAAGCGUGAAAGGCUUGCUUGCUUCCCACAUCCUUCCAAUAUUUUUAAUACGUUUUGUAUUUUUCUUAUUUUUUGCAGAAUAUGCAAGCAUUACAGUCUGGCUCUCUUAAAAAAAUUAAAUUCCACAGAGAAAUGGACAAAAUUAAAAUGCACUAACAUCAAACUACAAAAAUGGUGUUAAGCUACAGAAGUGGGCAGACUUUAAAUUCUGGCCUAGUCAUGUGUCGAUGACUAGCUGAGUUAAAAUUUCCAGCCACCUUGUAAACAUCUGGGCAUAUGUUGUUUUAUUUUUCACUUUUUGUAAGAAAGACUUUCAAGGAGGAUGCAUUCAGGAACUGUGUUGUGGUUGUUAUACUUGGUUAAUCAUUGAAUUGCACAAGCAGCAGUGUGUUCUUAACUUCUAGGUAUUCAGGCACUUUCUCUCAUAGCCAUAAAGGGCAGGGUGGAAUGACUUUUAUACCCACCUCAGUGAGGCUGUUAGACAUUUUGCAGCUGCCUGCAUCAUUUAAGGCACAGGACUGAAGACAACUUCCUCUGGCCACAUUCACACAACCAUGCAAACUGGAUUCGUCCAGACAUCAUGGCGAAAGCAUGCUUUUGCUGUCAGGAGAGGGAUGCGGGUGGCGUUGUAGUCUAAACCACUGAGCCUCUUGGGCUUGCUGAUCAGAAGGUUGGCGGUUUGAAUCCAUACAACGGGGUGAGUUCCUGUUGCUCUGUCCCAGCUCCUGCCUCCCUAGCAGUUCGAAAGCACGCCAGUCAAGUAGAUAAAUAGGUACUGUUGUGGCAGGAAAGUAAACGGCGUUUCCGUGCGCUCUGGUUUCCGUCACAGUGUUCCACUGUGCCAGAAGCGGUUAAGUCAUGCUGGCCACAUGACCUGGAAAGCUGUCUGUGGACAAACGUCGGCUCCCUUGGCCUGAAAGCGAGAUGAGCGCCGCAACCCCAUAGUUGCCUUUGACUGGACUUAACCGUCCAGGGGUCCUUUACCUUUACCUCUUUACCUUUGCUGUCAGGAAUAGGCAUCCUGUCUAUUUUCAUUUACUUAUUUCUUUGAAAAUUUAUGCUCCGCUUUUUGAAGAAGUUCCUCCACAAAGCAGUUUACAAUCCAGUCAAAAAAACCAACUCCCACCUGCCAACAAAAGAUAAAAAUACGAAACGCCCCAUUACAAUAAAAACCAGCACAAAAAGUGGAAUAUUGAAAUACAGUAGAGCAUACGAACAUAGGAAGAGCCCUGCCUGUUGUGACCGUCACAAUAAUAUUUCCAGAAGGGUAGCCUUGUAUCUGCUGUUGCAGCAAAAACAAUGGAGUCUUGUGGUGUGUUAGUCCCCAUCUGCACUAUACACUUAAAACUGAUUCAUAGCACUUUAAACAGGCGUGGCUUCCUGCAAAGCAUCCUGGGAACUGUAGGUUGUUCAAGGUGCUGAGUGUUAUUAGGAGACCCCAUUCCCCUCACAGAGCUAGAAUUCCUUGCAAAGAGGUUUUUAAACCAUUCUGUGGGGAGAAUAGGGGUCUCCUGACAACUCUCAGCACCCUUAACAACCUACGGUUCCCAGGAUGCUUUGAAAACCAUGACUAUUUAAAGCGGCAUAGUACAGCAACAAAUGUACAGUGAUACCUCGGGUUAAGUACUUAAUUCGUUCUGGAGGUCCGUUCUUAACCUGAAACUGUUCUUAACCUGAAGCACCACUCUAGCUAAUGUGGCCUCCUGCUGCUGCCACACCGCCAGAGCAAGAUUUCUAUUCCCGUCCUGAGGCACUAUUUCUGGGUUAGCGGAGUCUGUAACCUGAAGCGUAUGUAACCUGAAGCGUAUGUUACCCGAGGUACCACUGUAUAGUGCAGAUGGGGCAAUGCACAUUUAAUGUGGCAUCAUUUUGUCAGCUGCAUGAAGGAAAGCUUUGGCAGUUCUGUGAAGGAGAAAAUUGUAAGGUGAGUAUUGAAUGGCAAUGAAAUGCAUAAAAUUAAAGUCAGUGAUCAUUAGAACACUGCUUAACAUACAUUUAAGCUGGAUGACAGACGGGCUAAAAACACAGGCACAGUCAGUACAGGAUUCCUCUUUCUAAGGCAGGGAAAGAAUGUGAUCCAUUAAGUGCACUCUCUCAGAAUACACUGUUUAGCUUUUCAUAAGAGAGAUGGCCGUUGGGUUGAAUGACAACAUGCUCUCAUUUUAGAAAUUCUCUUUGAAUACUGUAGAAUUUCUGUGUUGCUUUUUUGCCCUUUAUCGCCCAGAGAGAGCCCACUGUAGAGUUUCUAAGAUUAGAUCCUGUCACACUGUGACAGCGGAAUCAUAUGUUCUACUAAAGUCGGUUUCAUGGGCAAAAAUAGGGCAUCUGUUAAAGGGAUUGCAGUCAGUAUAUAAAAUGUAUAACUUGGUUGGGUAUUUUAGAUAGCAGCCAUCUCAUUUUAUUAGAUGGUAGAAGGUUGAAGGUAGAAUCCAGUGCUAGUCCUACUCAGAGCUGACCCACUGAGUUAAUGGACAUGACCUGCUUAGGUACAUUAAUUGUAAUGAGUCUACUGUCGGAAGGACUUGGUUGGAUACAAUUCUAAGGGUGCAAUCCUAACUUCACUUUCAUGGGACUGAGACCCAUUGAAUUCAGUAGGACUUACUUGGCUAGAUCUACUUUUCUCAUAUUUUCAUAUGUCACAGGAAAGAAAUACAGAGUUGGAAUAAAUUUAUUGAUAGUUAUUGAAUACUUUCAUAAUAGAACAGCUUUUCAAAAUGCAGUUUUCUUUUUCAUUCAUCUAAAUUAGUUACUUGUAUUUUACAAAGAGAAAUAUUAUCAUGUUAUUAUCUGUGGCUAGAAUAAUUUACAGACACCCUCCCACUUACGUGGGAGUUGUGUUGCUGCAUGGAUAGGUGAAACUGUGUAAAGUGGAGGAGAGCGAGAUAUUCAUGUGCGCCACCAAAGCAGCUACUUUCCCUCUCUGAGGGCCACUGCCCAGCACACCUUUCCUCACCCUGAGCCUUCCUUCCAAUCCCUCCUGGGCAGUGUCCCUGAGUGACUUCUGAGCUGAAGUUUGAUUUCCUCCUCCCCUUCCCAUUUAACCCAGCUGCUCUCAUUGCCCUUGACUUCCCAGAUCAGCUCAGCUAAAUUAUUUAUUAUUGUUAUUAUUAUUUUAUUUAUUAGAUUUAUACGCUCACACUCUUCCCCCACCACUCAUUUUCUCCUCCGCACCCUGAUCCCACCUUGUUUGGAGAUGGAUUCUCACCUCUCCUGCUGGCCCAGGGCAGUGUGGCUAAUGGGGCACUGGGUCGCUCAUCCUCUAGGCUGCACUCAAGAGGCACUUUAUGACCCAGCGGCUCAGCAGGCAGGCACUGAUCCCAUGUACUCCUGUCCUUUCCCCCUGCCUGCCUAUUUUCUGAGGCUGAGUGGCGUAGUAGCGGCAGCCCAGGCAAGGCACACAGGUGGUGGGGGCACUGCUUUCCCAAUCACACCUUGAGUUUGGCACUGGGGAUGAGCUGGCAUGUGUGUGUGAACAUGCGCCCCACAGUGCCAGGAGUGGAGAUCUGAGCCGCAGGUAGGAGUGGCCAUUCGAUUUGUUUAUUGUCCAGAACCACACAUACAUGUGGUCAUGCAGAAGUCGAAUGUGUGCCAGGGUUAGGAUAGUAGUUUGAAAUGUUUAUGCAAACCCUGGAAUAUUUGACUUCUAAAACAAUCUCUUCCUCCAGAACCUGGUUACUGAUCAUCAGGUCUUCCACGUUUGGUUGAUUAAUUGACUAGAGGUCCUUUUAAUUUUACUAAAAUGGAUGCCCACAUUUUCAUCGGCCAGCAGAUUUCAAUUAAAGAAGUGUAGUUUUUUAAAUACAUAUAUAAAUGUAUUUUGUAAUUUGGCUUUUGUAAAACAUUAAAGUAUAUAACACAACAGCCCUAAUCUCUUCCCCCUCUCCAGUAACUGGUAUCAGGUUAUACAUUAACGUGAGUGCUCCUUACCUGUUCAUAUAGAUUAUCCAUACGUCCAUCAUAUAAGGUCCGGGGGAACAGCAGAAAAACUGUCUUAUCUGUCACAGGCAAGUCGUUCCCAGAGAAGAGUGUAGUCCAGGCCAUACUAUUUAUGAUAACCUUAUUUGCAACAGUGCUUUGGAGAAUAUAUCCUUAAGACCAGUAUCAUUUGUAUAAUGAAUAAAUAGCACUUGGUUUUCGUUCCUUUUAGCGCUUUUAAAUUAUGAGUUAUUUUCUCAGCGAUCACCAAUCACCCAAACAUUUUUGUGCCAUAAAUCCAGGGGGAUAGUCUUUGUAAGGCCUUCCAGGCCCGAACUACAAUUGAGCAGCUACUAAGAGAAGAGUCAAUACAUCUUUUGUCUUUAUAUCGGCAUUAGGCCUUCAAAGCACUAUUGGGGUGAGUAAUCCAUGGGCUCCCAAAUUAUUUUUGAUAUUUCCAAGGACACAAGUCCCCCAAAUGUCUAAAUUACUGGGCCAUGACUCAUAACAAGUCCCCUUAGUACUGCCAACAUCAUGGCUGAACCAUGGACAAUGUGAACUGGCAUCUGAUACCACCAAUGUGCCACUUUUAAGGUGUUUUCUGUUAUAUAAGCAGAGGUGGAAUUUACCUGAGCCAAAAGCCAAAAUCUUUUCCAUUGUGUCUCAUCUAUACCUUGCCCUUAAGAAAAGGGUGUAAUUCUUCCAAAAUCUGCAUUUGGAAACACCAUCUUCUCUGUAUAUGAGAGAGGACAGGGAAUGCAUUUUCUAGCAUGAAGCCAAGUGCAGCCCUUAUCACCUAAUAGCAGAGAAAUCUAACCUUUUUUACAACUUGGCUUUUCUCUCUUAUGUAAAUUAAUGUAGAUUGCAUUGAACAAUCAGUUAUCUCAAAUGCACAUAUGCAAUUGAUCAAGAUUUAUUUAAACAGGUACAUAUAUUAAGAAAAAAUGUACACUGAAAUGCACAUGAGUUUUCCUGCAGACCUUUUUUUCACAAACCACCCUGGAAAUGGGACAAACUGAUCUUAAGACAGGAAGAGUUAAAACUGAAGAAAAUAGCAGCCAAAAGAUUUGUUCUUCUCUACUCAGUGGUAAAUCCCAUUGAAUUCAGUGGGACUUGCUCCCUGGUGAGGGUUUUAUCCAGCCAAGUCCUAGUCAUAGCAGACCCAUUGGAAUGACUGAACUUAAGUUAGUUGCACCCAGUUACUUCAGUGGAUCUGCUCUGCGUAGGGCUAGCAUUGAAUACAACCCUGCAGUCUGAAAUAUUUUCCCUUGUUCCAGCUUACCUUUUUUUUUUUCUCCACUUAGGUUGAGAGGAUCGUAGACAAAAGGAAAAACAAAAAGGGUAAAUGGGAAUAUCUUAUACGGUGGAAAGGUUACGGGAGCAAUGAAGACACCUGGGAGCCAGAACAUCACUUGUUGCACUGUGAGGAAUUUAUCGAUGAAUUCAACGGACUGCAUGUCACGCGAGAAAAGCGAGCAAAGCACGGGAAACAAGCCAGCACGCCAAAAUUUUUACGCGAGAGCAGAGCGUCGUCCCUCGACAAAAUACCACAUAGGCCAUCUGACUCUGGGAAGAGCAAAGGGCUGCCCCAUAAACGGAAGCGCAUGGCCCCAUCAUUUCAAAAGCAAAAAAAGGGUUACGCGGCCAAGCCAGCACCUUCAGGAGACAGGGCUGCUAAAACAGUCUCUUACCGGACUACUCCCAGCGGCUUGCAGAUUAUGCCAUUGAAAAAGCCACACAACGGCUUACAGAAUGGAGAUGCCAGUUAUGAAAAGGAUUCUAGACAUUUUGGGAACGGCCCCCCAAAGCCAGACUUGGAUUUAAAUGAACAUGAAGCGGAACCUGAUUUGCCUGGAGUGUUGGAUGUGAAUAAUGAGCCACCCGUCAUGAAUGGAAUUGGUAGGUGAUGUUUGUUUUAAGCAUUAAUUAUUAUCAUUAUUAUUUUAUUUGCACAAAAUCAUGCCAUGUGUAUUAGAUAUGUUAUAUGUCUGCAUAUGUAGUAUGUUAUGAUAUUGACAUGCUAGCAUAAAUGCAGGCAGAAAAAUCUACAUGUUAUUAAUGCAUUGCUUCAUGGUGUAAUCCUAUGCUUUCCUAUGCAAAAAUAUGUCCCACUGAAUUUUAUAGGCCUUUCUCCCAGGUUAGUUUGUAUAGCAGAGUAAGCCACAGGUUGUUGGACUACAACUCCCAUCAGCCCCGCCAAGCAUGGCCAAUGGUCAAAGGUGCUGGGAGCUGUAGUCCAGCAAUUGGCAAGCGCCACAUUGGCAGUCCCUGGUGUAUAGCAAGGCCACCUAAAUAUUUCAGUAUGAUAUCGCCUUAAUCCAGUCAUAGGGACAAUAUUUUCUAUCCCUUUUCUUUGGAAGAUAUGUCAGAUUGCCCCUUAUCCUGUCUUCCCGAUUUAAAGCAGCAGCAUUUUAACUAUUUAUUUAUAUUUUGAUACUUUAGAUAGCACUCAAACAUAAUUAUCUCUAAGUGGUGCACAAGUAGCCCAAUACAACAAAAAUAAAAGUCAAUGAAAACUAUAAAUUCAGGCGUCUAUUUUUCAGCUAGCCUGGAACACCCAGGAGCCUUGAAACAAUGUUUUAGUAUUUUCCACCAUCAUUGGGGAUCACCUUGACGUGUCCAUAAAUGUGCAAAAUGGGAAGCUUAAUGAGCAUCAGUCCUAAUGCCUGGUGCUCUUGAAAUCUAUGUUAUGCAUAUAUGAUGAUGCUCUUUUUAUUACUGUUAUAUGUUCCAAUUAGUUCUAUUUAUGUCCCUUUGCAUUGUAUGUACAGGUGAGAAGCAGUAUUCCUAAAUCCCUUCAAUUUUCUUCUCUAGGCCACACAAUCUCACUAUCUUCACAGCCUCCUUAUAUGGGAGUCUUCUCUGACCUCCAACUAUUUUUGCUAAUCAUUUCUUGAGCCUUUUGUCUUUCUAUUAUAUCCUUCCAGAGAUUAUGAGAUCAGGGCUGAGCACACUGUUCCAACAAAGGAUGUCAAUGCAAUAUGUGAGAUUCGGUGUGUAGAGUCUUUCAUCAUCCACCAUCUCUCAGUGUCUUUAACGCUUGUAGUGCUUACUCAGCAGAAGUUUUGAAAUGGUCAGGGCAAUCUUCUGCUGGAGUUUCAUUUCAGACUAAGCAGUUUCUUGCUUCAUGCCUCAGACUACCUUGCCAGGGCCCUUUUUAGGGCACAGAGUGACCUAGAGGCUGAAUAUUCAUAUGGUCCUCCUGUUUCUUCCCAUUGCAUCUGCCUUCCUUCCUUCCUUCCAAAAAUGUAUGUAUGCCAUCCUUCAUGGCAAAAUUCUCUGAAAGCAGGGUACAUCAAAAUGGACACAUCAUAUUUUGAAAAUAGGGUCAGGACAAACACAGCUUCUCUACUCAAGGCUACGGAUGGGGGAGGAGUUUGACUCAGUUAUCAUUUCAAGGCAAACUUAACCUAAUUCAAACUUUCCCAAACCACACACAAACGGAAACACAGCCAUCCUUCGAAAUUCGCAUUGCUCCAAAUUUUGCAAUGGCAGGUCAAACGAUGUGUGAGAAAAUGCGCGCACUGAGGUAAAGUGUGCAUAGGUUGCUGAAAAUAAGGUGCCAGAAUGUAUUAUAUUAGGGGGAAUCGCUUUGCAAAAAAAAAAAAAAUGCAUAUUGGGGAAAAUUUACACUAAAAUACUGGUGAAUUUUCACAAGGCCUUUUAAAAAAAAAAAUGGUGUGGGAAUGUGGAGAACUGAAUUUAAGACUUGGGAAAUGAGGAAGAGAAAGAAACAGAAAUGGACAGGUUCACCCAUCCCUACACAAAGCUGAAUAGCCAGGCAAAAUGCUUUGCCAAGGGAUGUUUUGAGUGUCUUGUGUUGAUGACAUUCCCCCUCCCCAUUUGUUGGUGUGUGUUGUUUUCAAAUUAUUUUUCACAUAUAGUACAUAGGAACAUAGGAAGCUGCUUUAUACCAAGUCAAGCCACUGGUCCAUCUAAGUCAGUAUUGUUUACAGCGACUGGCAGUGGCUCAGCAGCAUAUUAAACCUGGGACCUUCUGUGUGCAAAGCAGAUGCCACACCACUGAGCCCUUCCCUGAGAUAGCUAGAUGUAUAUGUGUUCGGCUUUUGGGCACACUGACUGACAAAACCCUUACAAAGUGUAUUUGGAUGGAAGGUACCCCACUUCCACGCCACUCCCUGCCCCGCUGCCUUGCUAUAUUGUACCACUGCCUUCAUUUAAGCCUGUACACUCCCCUCGCUGUCACCUGCAGCAGCAAAAGGAAGCUGGAUUCCUUUAUCACUACAUCUCUGAGCCUUGGGCUUGCCUCUUCUGCAAAGUCUUUGCUUAUGAGGUUCAGAUGCCAGGCAGUGUUGUUUCGCGCUGGGCAACCAUGCACACACACACAUACACACACUGCAGCAAAGCUGAGAGCGCAGAGAUGAGGCAGUCAGAAUGCAGUGGGGGAUGGAGAGAAGCAACAGCGGAGAGGAAGAACUGACUGUGGACCACAGGUUAAAAUAAUGGGAGUGGGGUGGUUGAUACUAUAACCAUCAUGGUAAUCAAAUUAGAAUCAUUACAGUAUAAGGCCUUUCAAAAAAAUUGGAAUCCUUUCUGUCAACGCUGUUGCCAAAAUGACAGUGACUAGGAAGAGUUGUUCUUUUUAAAACAUUUAUUAAAUUAUCAUUAAAGCAUGGGUACCCCAUGUUACUGGACUACAACUCCCAUCAUUCCUGACCUUUGGCCUUGCUGGCUGAGGCUGAUGGGAGUUGGAAUCCAAGAGAGUUGGGGGGGGGCCACAUUGUAGCACUAUAACACUCUUCCAUUUAAGCUGUGUUCCAUUUAUUAUCUAUAUAUAUAUAUAUAUAUAUAUAUAUAUAUAUAUAUAUAUAAAACACCACCAUUUUAGCCGUAGCUGUGUUUCAGUGCUAAUUAAAAUAUUGAUUAAAAAAUCAACAGGGUGAUAAAAUAGCCCCCACCGCAAAGUUUACACUAAAUCUUCACUGAGCUUCAAGUGGUCCCUCAGCUGAAUUGGGCCACAUCACACUCACAGGCAUAGACAGCAUCCUGGGGUGAACACAGGGCGAAAGUACAAUAUCCCUGAUAGUGUGGAAAGCCAGUUGAAAUUCUAGCUUAUGAUUUUUGCAUUUAUUGCAUUUAUAUCCUGUCUUUUUCUCUGAGGAGCUCUAGACAAUGUACACGAUUCUCCUCCCGCCAGCAAUCCUGUGAGGUAGAAUAGGCUGAGAGGCAGUGACUGGCCCAAGUGAGCUUCAUGGGCCAAUGGGGGUUUGAACCUUGGUCUCCCAGGUCGUAGUCCAACACCCUAACCUCUAUACCAUGCUGGCUCAGCAGGAGUACAGUGAUUAUUUGCAUUAGGAGAAACCCAUCUCAAGAAUCUGGUGUUCCCACCACAGAGAAAGCAACACAAAAACCCUCAAGUGCUUCACAUAGGACAAAUGGGACCUGCAGUGUGGCAUACUCCUGCCCUAGCCCCCUUGGGACAUUGAUAUUCCAUUCCCACCCAUAUAUUUUUCUAUUCGCUUGUGGUCACUAGGCAUUAGCCUCAUCCAGCAGUCUCUUCUUACAUUCACAUGUUCUUAAGGCAGUGAAGAGGAACGUGACACAGGUUGUAUGACCCAGGUUGCUGUGCAGAUGAAAUGGGGAGGGGAGAGAAUCAGGCAUACCACCUUCCGUUCUGAGGAGGAAAAUACGUAGCAAUAAAAACAAUGAGUAGAUAAAUUAAAUAGUUGCCCGUCAAGCUACAACUGGAAACUCUUAGUUCAAGUGGCAAGCUAGCUCUCCCAGUGUCUUGCUAUCAGCCAGCAGAUGUCAACACUUACCCAGGGUGGGAGAGUCACCCAGCCCACAUCAACCAAGCCCUUGAUAACACUGAGAACAUCUGUUGCGGUUUCACCGAACCCACAUGAGCAUUCCAUCAUCUUCCAUUGGUGCUUGCUGUCUUCUUUUGUCAGGUUUCUUGACAGCAUUAUUAAAAUCAAAAAGCAAUCCCUUAUAUUUUCCUUUCUCUCUCCGUCUCUAUUGAUCUAAUUCUCUGCACUGUUUGCUAAAGAUUGCCCUUUUCAUUUAGCUUUACACUGAGUCUUCUGUUUUUUUAUUUUUACCAACAGACUCCAGGGAUAAUCUUUAAUUGCAAUGCUAGUUUUACUACUAAGGAAGUCAAUGUUUGUCCAGCUAAUAUCACAGCUAAUAAAAUUCUACUGCACUUCUUCAGUUUGAAAGGGUGUGCCUUGUAGGUUAACCAUUUUUGUGGCUUUUAAGUACCCUGAAGAAGGCUGCAGACAGAAGGAGAAGAUGAUGAGUGUGGACAGUUUUUAAAUGCAAAUUUUAAAAGCAAAGUUUCAUGCGCUCUGCCUCCUGGAGUGGGAAAAUGCUCCAGUGGCAAACAUUAUACGAGAGACCUCCCUUCCAAAGUUCAAUUUUGAGAUGUGCUUGUGCUGGAUGGAUUCAGCCUCAACUGGUGCCUCCCACCUCCCAAACCAUUUUUUAAAGAUUGCAGGUAUUUUCAGGGGUCCCAGUCACCCUCUUCUCCUGAUAUGGACCCCUGGACUGUGCCUUGUGGCCUCUCUGAAGCUGUAGCACCCAUGAUGCUCCACAACAGAGGGGUGGAACCUCAGGCCUGAGGGCCAAAUGUGGCCCAUGAAACUGGCCCCUGGAUCUCUCCUGGGGCCAUCCCCCUCACUGCCCCUGCUUACAUUCUCCUUGAGCGUUUUUGCCUGGCUGAACUGUGCCCUUGAACUCUUACCAUGCCUCUUCCCUGCCUGGAUGGAGGAAGAAAGGCAUGUGUGAGUGUGUAUAUAGUCGAUGGUACAAAGGUAAAAAUGUACAUCUGUUGCCCACUUUAGCAUUUGGCCACUAGCAGGUUGCCCAGGUGGCCCUCUUGCUGAAAAUCCCCCUACGUCCUCCCAGCAUUGUCCACCGUCCACCAACACCACCACAGCAGAUUAAUGCUAUUAGCUUUAAAGGUAAAGGGACCCCUGACCAUUAGGUCCAGUCGUGACUGACUCUGAGGUUGCGGCGCUCAUCUCGCUUUAUUGGCCGAGGGAGCUGGCAUACAGCUUCCGGGUCAUGUGCCCAGCAUGACUAAGCUGCUUCUGGCGAACCAGAGCAGCGCAUGGAAACGCCAUUUACCUUCCCGCCGGAACAAUACCUAUUUAUCUAUUUGCACUUUGAUGUGUUUUUGAACUGCUAGGUUGGCAGGAGCAGGGACCGAGCAACGGGAGCUCACCCCGUCGCGGGAAUUCGAGCCGCCAACCUUCUGAUCGGCAAGCCCUAGGCUCUGUGGUUUAACCCACAGCGCCACCCGCGUCCCUGCUAUUAGCUUUAGCCUUCCUUUAAACUCUGCAUUAGGAAAAGUUUGCACAGCAGUCAAAGAUUAGAAGGGAAAGGGGAAGGUGAUGAUGAGCCUUAUUACUUCCCCUACACCAGAGACAUAAAACCACCCCAUUCUUUCCGUGCUGCAACCUGAUACAUCUCAUCAUAUUGCCGCUGUUGUGUCAUUUUAUGAGAGGUCCAGGAAGCCUGUGUGAGGUUUAGGGCUGCUGCUAGAGUAGGCAGAUUAAUUUGUGUGUGUGUGUGCGCGCGCAUAAAAUAGCAAAGCCCAUGCCUGCAGCGGAUCCCAUUACACGCCGCCAUCUCUUCUCUGCUCCUUUUUUGUUUUCUCGCAAAUGUGGCAAGAGCUCUCCUGUGGACCAACCAUUGGUUGCCUUUCCCUCCUCUCCGCAGAGAGGCUUUGCUUUGCUUGGGGGACCUGCUGUGAGGUUAACAGCCUCUUUUGUCACCUCUUCAACUCGCUUGCUAGGUGCUCUCUUUGAACAAAUGAAGAAACAACAAAUAAUGAUGAUAACCUGAUGGAUGAGAGGGUUUAUGUUGUGUUAGAUUUCCCCGAAGGAUUAAUCCCCUGCCCUCUUCCCUUACCAUCUGCACCUUCAGCAGCUGUUGCUUAUUCCUCAAUAGCAUAUAAAUUUUCCAGCCCAAGUCUGCCUUCAUCCAUUGCCCAGGCACUUGCAUGCGAUUUUUCAGAGUUCCCUGUCCAGACCUACUUGAACCUGCUUAGAUCUAAUUCCUAACAGACACAUGGCGUUCUUUUGACCCUGAGCAUGAUCAAUCCUUGUUGGGAGGUUGCUUUUUUGGCUAGGGGAAGAGGUUGCCCCUUUAGACCCCCCCCCCCCCACUAAAGGUAAUUUGUUGCCUCAAGCAUUCUGGUGAUAGCUCUCUGUUGUUUCUUACUGGCCCCAUUUACAAUCUGGUCACAGCACUUGCCAGGUGGCUCCACUAUUAGAGGGAGUGAUUAUUAUUUGAAGAUUUGCCUGGUGUAUUUGGAGAAAGAAAAAGUAUACUCCCUGAGUGGGCUUUAACUGGUGUGCUGGAAUAAGAUGUGGGAAGACCCUUUGCCCUCGAGGGAGACAGUUCUCAAAACAUGGUGAGCAAUCUUCAAACAAUAAUAAAUGGUUGUUUUCAAGCAGCAGUCUAUGGUUUUGCUUCUCCUUGUUUUGGGCUUUUGGAUUGCUACGUUUACUUCCACCUGCAGCUCUCCUCCUCUUCAAUGCAUCCACUGAUGUGGGAGGUUUCAGUAUAUAUAGAGAUCAGUUGGUCCAUCUGACUCAGUCCUGUCUAUUCCAGUGGGACCAUAGCUCAGUGGUAAAGCAUCUGCCUUGUGUGCAGAAGAUCACAGGUUCAAAUCCCAGCAUUUCCAGCUAGGAAAAAUAGUUUGGGGUUUUUUUGGGGGGGGGUUAAAUAAAACAAUACAAAUAUUUGGCAUUUGUCUGUUUUGAGACAAUUAGAUUGUGUCUUAAUGUGUAAAAAUAGUAUCAGUGUAUUAAUAUCCCUAAUUAUGAAGAAGGCAAUAGGUGAAAUAUGCAAGGUGAAUAUGUCUGGAAUAUGUUUAUAGAGGCCUCACUGUGUGGUAGGAUUAGCUGUCCAAUCACAGACUCUAUUAACUUUUUUUCCUCCAACACCCUCAAAAGUACAUAAUCCAGACCCUAGUGACAUUAAUUGAAAGACUUCUCUUGCCUUUGGUUACUCCCUGAGAGACUAAUUUACCUUAAACUCCCAUGGCAGUCCACCAGCACUUUCACUAAGCAAAGAUGAAUCCAAUCUACGAAACUCAGAUCCAGGUCCCAGUUGUACGUCUUUUGUUUCUGAUUGAAAUUACACCAGGCUGUCUGGAGCCAAGAAACAACUUUGUUCAUUGCAAUUCAUAUAUAAGGGAAACAAGAGGGAAGUUUGGAUUUUAAAAACAUUUAUUUGGUUGAUUUAAACCCCUUACAAAGCAGUUUACAGCAAUGAAUAGAUACAGCGGAUUAUAUCCAAUGUGAGUUCUGCUCAGAGUAGAUCCACUGAAAUUAAUAGAUAUAGCUAACUUAUGUCCAUUACCUUUAAUGGGUCUACUCUGAGUUUUUUUUAAAAUGGUUAAAUGCAGCCCAAUACAUUGAACAGUGCAAACAUUAAAAACCCAACUGGGGAUGAACUAUUAAAACAGCAGCAACAAACAUGAAGCCAAAUAAAGCCAUCAAUAAAAAGCAGAGUGGAUUUAAAAGGGGGGUUCGAAGCAAUGCAAGAAGUUGGACUAGAUAACCCUUGUGAACCCUUCCUAUUCUACAGUUAUAUAAUUCUAUGAUUCUAAAAUUCACUUAAAAGACAACAGUGAGGGGCCCAUUCACACUUCCCAAAUAAGGGAAGUCCACAACAGAUAAGGCCCUGUUUUUGUUCCCUUCCAGUCUCAUGGUCCUUGGGCCUGGGCAGGUUCAUAUGCUUAGAAAUGUUCAGUAUUUCCUGUCUAGGAAUAGAAGAGAAAUAUACAAAUUUUGAAGAAUAAUUGUGUUUCACUUUGUGUAUUGGUUCGAGGAACUGUGAAUUAAGCACUUCACAUUAAAAUACAAAUGAAAUUGAAUUUCUCCUCCACCCCUCGUUACUUAUUAGCCGUCUCAAGCUUUUUUUGAAAAGCCAGAAUAUACAAAAUAUAUAUUUUUCGAAAAGUCAAACAAAAAUUCAGUCCAAAUCAAACAUGUGAACAGCAUGAUCCUACUGAUAAAUCAGUGUCACUGAGUUCACCGGGGUUUGUUCCUAAGGAAAGGGGCAUGGGGUUGCAGCCUGAAGUCCCAGUGAUUUCAGUACAUUUAAGCACGCACCUUGCUCUUCCCUUUAGCUAGCGCAGUGGUAGGUAACCUCAGGCCUGCCAAGUCUGAUGAUCUGACCCUUGAGGUUCUCAUCAGGCCACACUGUUCACAGGCACUACUGUAUGCCUUCUGAGUUCACUUUUUACUGGCUGGCAUGCAUCUCUGAAUUCUUUCUUGUCUGGAUGGUGGAUGGAAAAGAUACUGGGAGUGAGCAUUGAAAGCUCUGGUUUCUGUGUAGCCUUACUGCACAAAGGUAGAACUCAUAUCCAUUGAUUUGCCUACUUUUGCCCCCUGCUCACUUUGUCUCUGGCCUCACCUGCCAGAAAGUUGCCUGCAAGAGAAGGCAGCCUUUGGCCUGGAAAUGGUUCCCCGUGCCUGAACUAGAGCAUAUUGAGACAAAAUAUGUUUCACUAAGUAUGUACUUAUUUUUUUUAAGGGGCUGAGUUUACUUUCAAGGAAGGCAAUAGUAUCCAUUGGCUUUUAUUAGAGAAACUCUAGCAGUUGCCACUGUUCCAACUCCCUUAAUUACUCCAUCCUUUAAAGCAGAAUAAGAGCAGUUCAACCAAAUGAAAGCAACCAUAUGAAGCUGAAGUACCUCAAAGAUGUACUUCUUGGGGAGAAAGGGGCCAUGGCUUAGUGGUACCGCAUUUGCUUUGCUUGCAGAAGGUCACAGGUUUAAUCCCUGGCAUCUCCAGGUGGGCUGAGAAAGAUUCCCUGUCUGAAACCCUGGGGAGCCCAUGGUCAGUCAUUGCAUAAAAUAUUGUGCUAGGUGGACCAGUAGACUGGCAACUUCCUAUGUUCCUGUGCUUGUCUCUUGGGGGAUUCCUAGAGAUAAUGACAUGUGUCUCUUCUGACUCUUUGCCUUUUGAAAGGUUCUUCUCUGGCAAAUGGAGGCCUGAAUCUUCAUAGCACUGUGAAAAGGAAGCUGGAAGGGGAGAAAGAUUACGUCUUUGAUAAGAGACUCAGGUACAGCGUGCGUCAAAAUGAGAGCAACUGUCGGUUCAGAGACAUUGUAGUACGCAAAGAAGAUGGAUUCACGCACAUCCUCCUCUCCAGUCAAACCUCAGAUAACAAUGCACUGACUCCAGAGGUAUGCAGGUGAACAUCAAAGCAAAGGGGAGAGGCCCUGUAAAGUGGGAGGGCGAUAGUAGCUAGAAAACUAAAGUCAGUCUUAACCUGAGUUUACCGUUGUCCCCUCAUCACCCAUGAAGAAGCUCCCAUUUUGGACUUCCGCUGUUGAUGCUUGCAAUAUUUUUUAAAUGAAAGAAUAGAAUCAGAGGCUGCAGAUUUGUAGUCUGUACACAACAUUUUUAUUUUCCUCAGGGUUUGAAUGGAGGCCACGGGAACUUAAGUGAUGCUUGCAUUAUGAGUUGAUGACUCCCCAACCCGUCAUGUUCACAUGGCAGCCAAUUGUGUGGGGUGGUGGUCCCUGAUUGCAUUCCCAAGUGGCAGGAUAUUGAGGCUUACUGAUGGGGAAGGACCAUAGCUCAGUAGCAGAGCACAGACUUUGGAUGUCAAAGGUCCCAGGAUCAAUCCUUGACAUCCCCAAGUAGGUCUGGGAAUGUCCCCUUUCUGAAACCCUGUAGAGCUGCUCCCAAUCCAUGUAGACAAUGAUGAGCUUGAUGGACCAAUGAUUUGAUGGUACAAAGCACCUUCCUAUGUUCCUUCCUAUCAUCUCUCAAGAUAUUAGAACUUUUGGGCAUUCUCCAGGGUGAAAUAAGUAUCAAGAGCUUCCUGCUUCAUUUAUUAUUAUUAUUAAUUUUUACUCCCCCCAAAAAAACUAUGGGUAAAAAGGUCACAUAUCACAAAAAUACAAAGCUGAGUACAGGAGGUACAAUUCAUAAAAAAUCUGGAGAAUAUUAUAAUUCUUUAAAAAUUCCACUAGAAUGACUCCUAUUCCCAUGGUUUGCCUACAGCCCUGAUUACUGAUCAGAUGAGCCCCUAAUCAAGGAUCACUUCCCCCAAGCUCUUUGAAUCUCCACUUCACAUUCUGAAAUAGCACAAUAUCCUUUGGGGCUUUGUUUUCUGAAGGCGGUGGCUUCUGCUGCUUUAUCCUCAAUUAAUUAAAGGUGCCUCAGAACUUGGUAAUUGCAUUUCCAUUCUUUGCACGGGUUUAAAGCAAAAACAAAACCAGAGCAAAUGUUUUGCCUAGCAGCAGACACAAGCAAUGUAAUGUGCUAUCAGAAUUGUUUCUUCCAGACAUUCAAGGGGGCAAACGGCAGUUUGAGGGGCACACUUUUAUGAAGGCAUUUGUCUCUGUUUCUUGUUCUCUGGUGCUUCAGAGGUUGUUGGACUACAACUCCCAUCAUCCUUGGUCAUUGUCCAUGCUCUCUGGGGCUGAUGGGACUGGAUUCCAACAGCAAGUUCCUCACCCCAGUUUCUUAGGUCUUCUCUUUGUUGCCCCAGUCCAUGACCACUUGUAAACAUCAGCUUUCUUAACAAUACCUUCAGAAAUGGCUUUGAAAAUUGAUUUUUCAGGUGCUUCAACUGUUCCUAAUUUCUCCUAAUGGACACAUUUUGUAUGCAUCUGACUAACAUACAAAUUUUUGAAAUGCAAUUUCCCCUAAUAUAAUAGAUUUUUGUAUGUUAUCUUCACUAAUAUAUUCAUGUUCAUAUGGAGUUUGCCCUAGUUCAUGUGUUUUUGUGCAAAUAUAUGGCUGGAGAACUGCAUUGCAAAAUUAAGAGAAGUGGAGAUUUCCAAGAAUGGCUGUGUUUCAGUUUAUGUUUUGUUACAAAAGUGCUAUCCAUCAUUAUUGUUACUAUUUAUAUCCUGCCUUUUUCCAGGCAGCUUCCAAAAAACAGGCAGAUUUGCCUUUAGAUGCAAACUGAAUUGAAUUUCUCCCCCAUUGCUAUCUGAGUGUAAGGAUGGAUGGAUUUGUUGAUUUUGAUUUCUCCUAGGACCUAGGUUCACAAAUUUCCAAUCUUAAGCUUGGCUUUUCCACAUAGGUUUGCGUACAUAGAUAGACUCCCCAUCAGCUUGUGUGGCGUUCUACCAUUUCUCAUACACACCUUUAUGCAGUGUAAUCCUAUUUGCAUGCAAUUUGCCUAAUAUACACCAUUUUGCAUGUUAUUUUAACUAGUAUAUACAAUGCACACUUUCCCCUAAUAGACACUUUUUUUUGUUCAAGGGCUGCACCGUAAAAUCAUGGGAAGUGUGAUUUUUGAAAGAUAGCUGUGUUUCAGUUCAUGUACUGUUUCAUAAUGUGAAUUAUGAAGGUUCAUGAUAAAAUUCAAGCCAAACCAGAUUUUCCCCACAUAAUUUUACCAGAGAGCAAGUUCCCUUGAACACGGUGGGGGUUACUUUUGAGUAUGCCUAACUUUGCCCUGUGAAUACGCCUGAGCUGCUGAUCAUAGUAAGACGAGUUCCACUGUAGUAAACAUUCUAUUAAAGAUUGUUUGGUCAAGGGCCUCUUUGGUCUGAUCUGACACCACUUUCAGAAGAUAACGCAGGACAGGAUAAUUUCUGGGUAAACGAAAUGCAGUGUGAAGCAGGCGGGAAAGAACUUUCAGCAGUAGUAAUGAUACUGGGUGUGAGAACGUGUUUUUAAAACACACCCAGUAACUUGUUUAUUUUAUCAAGACAAUUUAUACCCUGCCCUUAUGGUGCAAAGCACAAGACAAUCAGUGAAAGUCACAGUGUGUAGCUGAAGCCAAAUCAUUCCUAAAUCCUCAUAAACUAAAAGCCUGCAGAAAUUAGAAAACAGUUUCUGGGUGCUAUAUGAAUAAUCUUAAAUUUGUAAGAAAUCAAGGAUAUGAAUUAUUUCAUUUUCCCAAGGCUUUUAAUGUUCUCUUCCUUGCAGAAUUAAAGUGUCAGCAACCGUGUGGAUGUACAUAAUAAAAUUUACAGUACACCUGAUUCUCAGAAAGCUUUCCCAACCCUCUUUGAUUCUCCCAAAGAAAGAGCCCCACUAACCAAGCUGGAAAGCUCAUUUCUUGCCAAAGAUGUAUUCGUUUUAUUGUCACUUGACUUCCAUCACUAUUUAUUUUAUUUUAUUUUUUAGUUUCCUUUGCCAGUCUCUCCAAAGAGAAUAGUCAUACACUGUUGGCGAUUCCAACAGUGCUGUGCAGCUCAUGACAUGUACAUUGAACGCAUAUUAUUGAAAAUCAAUUACCUAGAAGCAUAGCACAGCAUUUUCCCCUUGGCAUAUUACUUGCAUGGGGGGUACACUAUGCAGUUACUGGGGAAUGGGACCUAGUUGCAUGGAAACUUCUGUACACACAGAGGCUUUGUCAGUUCAGACAUCUGUGCCCAAUGCAUUGAUGCUAGGGGUUUUGUGCACUUGGAAGUUGAGAUAGGGUUAGAGAUGUAUCCUUGAUCCCCUUCAUAAGAUGAAUGCAUCAAGGGGGUUCUAUGCCAGGUAAAGUGAUUUUACCACCUGUUUUAAAUAAAGACAGCUGGCAUGUUGCUAGGUUUGUUCUUGCAGCCAGCCAUGCAAAUACUCAACUGCUUAAAUGCACAGAAUCUUCAAAUCACAGAGGAAAGCCCACACUUACACAAAGUGCGGUACUCAGGAGGGACAGAAAAAAUGGGCAUGAUCCUGCUCUUCCUGCGGUGUGCUUUGGGUUGUGGGUGUGGGUUCUAUACUCCCAAAAGUUUCUCCAAUUUGCAGCCAUUUGCACAUCUGCCCAUGGACCUGAAAAGGUUGACCAAGCCCUGUUCCACACAUUGAGUCUACACAGUCAUUUGAAGAGUCUGUACAGUUUCUGAAGGCGUGAAAAGGAAAAAUAGCUGUUCUGGGGCCCACACCACUGCACAACACCCUUGUGAGGUCAUUUAGACAAGCUUUUCUGGAAGAAAAGCAGAGGGUGCAAUUUAAAGGGUGGCAACAUGAAGCCUUGGGAAGUCCGAAGCAAACCAAUGACCUUAAAUUUACUUCCUCCUUUUUUCGCUAGCAAUACCUUUUGCUUUUGAAAGUUGCAAAGCAACUUAUAAAUAAUGAGUGUAGAGCAGAGAUAGCCAAAGUGGAUGUUGUUAGGCUUCAACUCCCAAAAGCAAACCUAUCCAGUGGCCAAAGUAGUGUUGAAUAUAUAUUUGAAACGUGCAGUUUUAGCUGAAACAGUGUGAAGGUAGUGAUCGCUUUAGCUGUGUGUGUGUGUCAAAGAACUGUUCUUGUUUUUUGGUCUUCACAGAUCAUGAAGGAGGUCCGGAGAGCACUGUGCAAUGCGUCAGCCGACGACAGUAAACUCCUGCUUCUCAGCGCAGUGGGUAGUGUCUUCUGCAGUGGCCUAGACUACUCCUAUUUAAUCGGCAGGUUAUCUAACGAUAGAAGAAAAGAAAGCACGAGGAUCGCAGAAGCUAUAAGGUGACUUUGUCUUGCCUCUGAUGCUCAGGAGUUGCUGUGCUUGGGGAGGAAGUCUUAAGAUUUUUUUUAUUUUAGUUUUUGUGGUCACUGUAUAUGUUUAUGUGUUUCUUUUCUUAAUAGGGUUGUUGUUAUUGAGUUGUUAUUGUUUUUUAUUUUGAUUAUGUAUUUUGUGAUUUUAUUUUGUGAUUUUAUCUUGUGAACCGCCCUGAAAACUGUGGGUAUAGGGCAGUAUACUACUACUACUACUACUACUACUACUAAUAAUAAUAAUAAUAAUUCACUUACACUAGCAGCCACUCUGAAGUUUUAUUACAAUCAAGAGAUGUAUACAUUUUGUUAAAAUAAAUGAGCAAAAUUAUCACGAAAAACAGAUACCCUCACAGCUUAGAAAUCAGUGUAGGACAAACUAAAAAAUUGUUGUUGUCACUAUUUUACCCAACUUUCACUCUAAGGCCCUACGGUGGGUUACAACAUUGAAACACAAUAUAUACAACAGAUGGCACACAUAAUCAAGCCUGGAGAGUUGACUUCGGUCAGGGACAGGGAAGCUGUCGGCCUCCAGAAGUUUGUUGGACUACAACUCCCAUCAUUCCUGUCUGUUGGCAAUGCUCACAUGGGCUGAUGAGAUCUGGAGUCCAGCAAUGUCUGGGCAGCCACCAGUUCCCCAUCCCUGGCUUGGGCAGUGAUCCUUGGCAGGAGGUGUUACAAGUGCGUCCCCAUUUUCAUCUGUGAAAUUUGAAAGGGUUGAGCUCACCUGGAGAUCACCAAGAUGAAGUACAAGCUCUGUAGAUGUCUUAAUUGUAGCUUUCCUUCCUUCUGGCAUGUCAGAUAUUGCCUCAGGGACUUCAGCAUAUUCAUAAAUUUCAGCACUCAUGAUGAUUCCUAGCAUGGCAGCCGUGCUUGAUUAAAACAGGAUUGCGCAAUAUGGCUGAGCCUAACAAAGGUGGUGUUCUGCUCUUUUCCUUAGAAGUAAAAUGACCUCAUUUACAUGUAAAUGGACUACCAGUGCUAAAAUGUGGCCUUCCUUUAAUAAGUGUCAUAUUAUUUUAAAUAGAAAUCUGCCUAGUGUGAAGCACAUUCCUUAAAUCCGUUGCCAAACAUGCUCCUUCCUGUUUGGAGCCCGCUCCCAAACUGUUGCCAAUUAGUGCCCAUGCAAUCAUGACCCAUUUGUGCCAAUUAUGUUUCUGGCUCGGUGUUUCGUUUGGGAAGGUCUGUAGCUCAGGGGCAGAGGACAUGCUUUGCAUGCAAAAGGUCCCAGCUCCAACCUCUGACCGCUCCAGGUAGGACUGGCUAAGGCUCCUACCUGAAAUCCCAGACAGUUGCUGCUUGUCAGAAUAGACAAUACUGAGCUACAUGGACUCAGUAUAAGGUAUCUUCCAAUGUGCUUGAAAAAACUUAGUUUGUAGUGUACCCAAAAAAUUGCAAAAGAAAUUGCCACUCAAAUCAGGGGUGAUUUCAGAAGUUGCACAGGCAUUUUAAAGUUUCAGGAGGCUACAGCGUCAUAAAGCAGGGGUGGGAAGCUUUGCUCAUCUCAAGGGCCACAUUCCUUUCUGAGAAACCUUUCAGGGGCCACAUGCCAUGGGUUAGAGGCAAAAGUGAACAGAAUUUGGCCUUUGGUACAGCAAAUUAGUUUCUUCACAUGCAAGCCCAUCCCUCUCUAUCCUCCUGUCUAGAUAAGCAAGAAGCAUGAUAAGAGUUCAGGAAUACAUUCCAGCCAGGAAGGAACCUUGCCAGGAGAGUGCACAACAUCGCUGCUGAGGGAUGUGGCUCAGAGGAGAGGACAGCCUGAGGAGAGUCAUGGGGGUUGCAUUUGGACCCCCUGAACCUGAGGUUCCCCAUCACAAAGCCAUCACAUCCACGUAUCUCAGGAUGAUCUGUUUUAAAGAAUAUUUGGGUGUUUCUCUUUUAAGGCACUGGGACGCGGGUGGUGCUGUGGGUUAAACCACAGAGCCUAGGACUUGCCGAUCAGAAGGUCGGCGGUUCAAAUCCCCACGACGGGGUAAGCUCCCGUUUCUCGGUCCCUGCUCCUGCCAACCUAGCAGUUUGAAAGCACGUCAAAGUGCAAGUAGAUAAAUAGGGACCGCUCCAGCGGGAAGAUAAACGGUGUUUCCAUGUUCUGCUCUGGUUCACCAGAAGCAGUUUAGUCAUGCUGGCCACAUGACUUGGAAGCUGUCUGCGGACAAACGCCGACUCCCUCGGCCUAUAGAGCGAGAUGAGUGCGCAACCCCAGAGUUGGCCACGACUGGACCUAAUGGUCAGUAGUCCCUUUACCUUUUAAGGCAUAGAAUCAUAGAAUCAAAGCACUGUAGAGUUGAGAGGGACCCCGAGGUUCAUCUAUGCAGGAAUCGCAACUAAGGAAUCCCUAACAGUGAGUUAAAUGCCCAUGCAACAUUUUACAAAUUAAAGGCAGGCAGUCAGCCUGUUUGAAGGAGAGUGACAGCUGAGCCAGCACUGACUUCACUGGCAUGUGUGCACCACUUGUUCAAGUGGCAAAGCCGGACAGAUGUGUAGGGCUUGCAUUGCAGCUGAAGGAUGCCUUUCUCCACCCUCCGUAGGCAUCAGGAAACCACCCCAAGCCAAGAUGGGUGGGGAAGGGCUGCAGUCCAGCAGGCAGGGCAUCUGCUUGGCAUGUUGAAGGUGAAUCAGUAAAAACAAUGCUGAGUUAGAUGGAUCAAGGGUGUGUCCCAGUAUAAGCCAACUUCUUAGGUGUACUUGCUGCUCCGGGGAGCUAUAGAUCAGCGGGUAGCACAUCUGCUUUGCACACAGGAGGUUCCAGAUUCAGUCUGUGGCAUCUCCAGGUAGGGCUGGGGAAAGCUCCUGCCUGAAACCUUGGGGAGCCACUAUCUGUCGGCAUGGACAGUUCUGAGCCAGAUGGAUCAAUGGCCAGACCCAUUAUAAGGUAGAUUCCUGUGCUCCUAUAGGUUGCAAAGGUGAAUCCAUUUUCAGAGGGAAUAGGCAUCAGUGAUAGGGAGUGGCUGUCUCCAAUGGGCUUUAUUUGUGAGGUUCUCUUAAGUUACCUGGCUCCCUUGCCAAAGGUUUCACUCCAAUCCAGCAAGGUCAUUCUCAAGUUUGUUUCCUUUUAUUGCAUCACUAUAUAUUGUAAUCAUAUAUAUAUUACACGUACAUUAACACAGAAGGUUUCCAAGCAGGGCACAGCAUUCAGAAAAGGGAACAAAAAUGCAAAAUAACAGAGGUUCUGCACUAAAAAGUGUUCUCAGAAUUGCCAGCAAUUUCCGGUAAUUUCCCGAUGGGAUGAUUGACAUUUUUUGGAAUGUGAUUAAUAACAGUUCUCCUCCUUCUCUAAAACUGCAGGGAUUUUGUCAAAGCUUUUAUCCAGUUUAAGAAGCCAAUCGUGGUUGCGAUCAAUGGACCUGCUCUCGGCUUGGGGGCUUCCAUUUUGCCGCUCUGCGACAUCGUCUGGGCGAGCGAAAAGGCCUGGUUUCAGACACCUUAUGCAACUAUUCGCCUCACUCCAGCCGGCUGCUCUUCGUACACGUUCCCACAGAUACUGGGUGUCGCUCUGGUAAGUCUGCUUCCUGGAUGAUUCUGGUGGUCCAAAUCCAGGCUAAUGGCUUGGAUCUAAAAGUGCCCUUCUGCAGGCACAAAUCCUCAUUAUCACCUCAUAGAGAGACCGCUUCUGACUUAACGGAAGAGGAUUGCACAAGGAAAGUGAGAUGAAUCCAGAGUUUCUCUUCUGUUGGGACAAAUCCUCAUUCAACCAUAAGUGCAAUGUUGUUUGCUAUUUCUUCCCCUGAAUCCCAUACCUUUAUGGUUUUAACUCACUUAAUGCAAACCAAGUCCUUACGUUUUUCAGCCUGAGGGCAGCAUCCCCUCCUAGCCAAACUUCUGGGGGCCACAUGCCAGUGUUGGCUGAGGGGCUGAGGCAAAAGUGGGUGGAGCAAGACCUGUGACUCUUACCUUUGUACCAGAGGCUACAUUCCAGCCAUGCAGAAGGCCGAGGAGCUCUACACACACAUUUCAGCGUCUUGACUCAGAUAUGUUUGUUUGCAGGCAAAUGAAAUGUUGUUCUGUGGAAGGAAGCUAACGGCACAAGAAGCCUGCAGCAGAGGACUCGUCUCCCAGGUUUUCUGGCCCACAACGUUCGGGCAAGAAGUGAUGUUGAGGGUGAAGGAAAUGGCAUCCUGCAGUGCAGUGGUAAGAAACGGGCAGUCGCUGGGAUUGGCUAAGGCAUGACCAUGUUCAUUUUUGGAAACGAAACUCACAAACUGAUAUAGGAGUGUGGAGACAUGGAUUUAAGCUUGGAAAUAUAAGAAACCGAAACUAAUAGGUUUGCCCGUUUGUAUAAAAGCAUCAGCUACAAUAACCUUUAUAUAUAUAUAUAUAUAUAUAUAUAUAUAUAUAUAUAUCCUCUAACAAUAUUUCUCUAACAAUUUCCCAUAUUUCCCCCCUACCUCCCCUGACUUCCCUCAUAUUCCCGUUUUGUUUUAUUUCCAUUUUACUUAACCUGUGUGUUGUUUCCCAAAAUUUCCCCCAUACAUAUAAUCUUACUUUUUGUUAUAUACAAUUGUUUUUGUUUAUUCAAACCCUGCCAGUGAGUCCAAUUCUUUAUGUUGCUUCUUUAUAUAUGCUAUAAAUGGUUCCCAUUCUCUGUUAAAGUCUUUGUUAUCCUUUUCAUGUAAUUUAUCCGUUAAUUUUGCCAGUUCUGCGUAUUCCAUAAGUUUCCCUUGCCAUUGUUCUUUCGUUGGUAUUUCUUCUGUCUUCCAAGCUUGUGCUAAUAUAAUUCUUGCCACUGUUGUUGCCUACAUAAAUAAUUUCCAAUUAUUUUUUUAAAAAAUCUUGAUCUAAAAUUCCUAGGAGGAAUGCUUCUGGUUUCUUAACAAAAGUCUUUUUAAACAUUUUUUUCAAUUCAUUAUAUAUCAUUUCCCUAUAAUUUCUAACCCUUUUGCAUUCCCACCACAUAUGAUAAAAUGUACCAUCUUUUUUCUUUACAUUUCCAACAGGUUUUAGAUCCCUUUUUAUACAUUUUGCCACUUUCUCUGGUGUAAUAUACCAUCUUUACAUCAUUUUCAUAUAAUUCUCUUUCAAUAAGAUAAAAUCUGUAAUUUUUAAAUUCACUUUCCACAUCUUUUCCCAAUCUUCCAAUUGUAUAUUAUGACCUAAAUCCUGAGCCCACUUUAUUUGUGCUGACUUUACCAUUUCAUCCAGCGUUUCCCCAUAUAACAGGAGAUUAUACAUUUUUUAAAGUAAUUUCGUAUCAGUACAAUAUCCUUAGGUGCUACCUGGCUUGCUCUAUUUCUCGGCCUGAAAGGAAUAGUUAAGACUUCUUUUAUGUAUUUACUUUAAAAGCUAAUCUCAUCUCUUCCAGAAACUUCCAGUAAUCAGGAUUGUUGGGAAUAAUAAUAAUAACAAUAGUAGUAGUAGUAGUAGUAGUAGUAAUAAUAAUAAUAAUAAUAAUAAUAAUAAUAAUUUAAUAUACUGUAAUCUACCCUGUGUUCUUCAUGUGAGGGGCAGUAUAUAAAUAAUAAUUAUAAUAAUAAUAAUAGCAACAACAACAUAAUUAAUAUGCAGUGCUUUGAGGACUCUAAAAAGCUCCAUAAAAAUAUUUUUUUAUUCUUAUUGCUGCAAUCUUGGGGGGCUUUUUAGGGAAAGUUGGCAAGGAUGCAUAAUCCUUUACCUGGGACAUUUUAUUCAGGGAUGGGGAGCUAUGUUUGUCUAAGGACUGCAUUAUCUUUUAUGUGAUCGGGGGGGGACACACGUCAUUGGUGGGGGAAGGCAAGGGCAAAAGUGGGCAGAGCAAGAAGUGUAAAUUUGAGCUUUGUACAAUAGGCUAGUUUCUACAGACAUUCCUCUCUCUUUUCUCAAUCCAGGCAAGCAAAGAGGCAUUAUCAGAGUUCAAAGACACGUUCAGCCAGACAAAAGGAGAGGGUGUGAAGCAGGGUGGGUGACGGGCGUUGCUUGAGUGGGUGGGUGGCAUGGGGAGAUCCUCAAGGGCCAAAAAGAGAAAUUUGGGGAGCUUAUGGGUGGACUCUUAAGUCCAGGAGUAAGUUUGGGUUGGUAAAUAGAUGGGUGAACUGGUGGAUAGGAGUAGUGUUAAGCACUCUCCCUUCUGCCCACCAGUUUUCCCCUGCAAAUUUCUUCUCCACCCCUGGAGCAGGAAACAUUUUUCCAUGUUGUCUGGCAAACAUAUGACAAACCCAACUUCAUCAGAACAAAAAAACCAUUUGUUCCUCCAUCCUGUUUCCAACAGGUGCCAACCAGAUCCUUCUGAGAAUCAUCUUUGCUAAGCUUGCUUUUUAUAAUUUGGAUACCUGAAUCUACCUUAUAAUGAGCCAGACCAUUAUCCUAUGUAGCCCAGUGCUGCUUAUGGAAACAUUGUGGGGCUCAUGGUGUCACAGGCACUAGCCAGUCAAGUGCUGCAGACCCAGUUUCUCAGAGAGGACAUCGUUCAUUUGCACACACUACAUUUGCACAGACUACAUAUGCUCAGCAAAAGUUCUUCAAGAGUAGUCCUGAUUUUUGAAUAACGUGUCAUGUGUGGGAUCUGAUUUUCUACCCAAAGAAAAAUAGAAUAUUUUUCUCACCUUUUAUAAUAAAAGAUUGUAGCUCUGCCACACACUUCUCCAGCAAAGACAGAGCAGGUACUUGUUUCAGAGGAAAGGUUUGGAGACACUUUUAAUUAAAUGAAUUGCGGAUAACAUCUCAUGUGGCAUGAGAACCACAAAAGAAGCACAAACUGAAAAGGCACUGAAGCUCUCGCGGAUUGUGCCGAUAAGCACAUAAAUUGAUCUGACAAUGCCCCCAGCCGGAUCCUGCAUUCCCCAUUGUUGUUUCCAUUGUUAUCCUUGUUUCUGAUUUCAUAAGAUGAUGAAACGUAGCCAUGCACAUAAGGAAGCCUGUAAAACAAGGGUGGGGAGUGUCAGGCCUGUAUUUCUGACCCUCAGGACGAGGGCCGGCCCAAGACAUUUUGCCACUUGAGGCAAAACAGAAAAUGGUGCUCUGCCACCACUGUCUCUGCUGCCGCCGCCUCCUGAGGCAACUGGGGGCAGCCUGGGGAAGCCCCAGCGCACCGAAGGCAACAAGAGAAGCAAAAAAGGAGGUCGGAAAGGAGCAGGCAGUGGCAGCCUCACUCUUCCCAGGCAGUGACUGUGGGCAAAAAGCACAGGAAAAGUCCGGCCCAGAUUUGCCACUCCUCCCAGCUGCCCCGAGCCUGCCACCUGAGGCAACUGAGGCUACCCCUCACUUGCCUGGGUAGAGGAAUGUGUGUACAUGUGUAGAAAUGUCUGGCUUUGCAUGGCAGGAAGGCAACCUGUUGUACAAAGGUACAGUGGUACCUCGGGUUACAUACGCUUCAGGUUACAGACUCCACUAACCCAGAAAUAGUACCUCGGGUUAAGAACUUUGCUUCAGGAUGAGAACAGAAAUCACACGGCGGCAGCAGGAGGCCCCAUUAGGUAAAGUGGUACCUCAGGUUAAGAACAGUUUCAGGUUAAGAACGGACCUCAAGAACGAAUUAAGUUCUUAACCCGAGGUACCACUGUAUAUCAUCCUCACAGCUCUACUCACUUUUUUUCUCGGGCUCCACCCAUGGCUGGCCUGCAGCCCCAGAAGGCUGCCCAUGAGGGGAGCAUGGCCUUCAGAAUAAAAAAGCUCCCAUCCCCACUGUAACAGAAGAAGAAAGAGUGGUCAGGCGGAGAGUCACGAGCGAAGGUUACAGUGCUCAAUGAGCAAUGAGCAACCUUCCAGGGGCCACAUGCCAAAACUGGCUGGGACCAGAGGCAGAAAUUGGGCAGAGCAACAGGUGUGCCUCUUACUUUGAUAUCUUAGGCUACAUUCCACCCCCAACAAAAGGCAGAGGCUUCUACACAUACAUCUCUCCAUCCAGGCCUUAUUGCGUUUCAAGGACACACUGCAUCCAAUAAACAGCACAUGGAGAAGGUACAGAGUACCUAGUGAGGGUUGUGGCAUGGAGAGAGGUCUGAGGGCCAGAUAGAUAGGCUUUGAGGGCCACAUUCUACCCUGAGGCCUGAGACUCCCUACCGCUGGUCUAGCACAUAAAAUAAAAGUCUGCCAGAACAGAACAAAAAGUAAUUCAAUAACUGGUGGGAAACGUUGCAUAAAGAGGCCAACUGCACAUCAUGGAGCCAGCUGCUCCAUAAUCUGGCUUUAGCCACUGAGAAGACCUUUUCUCUUGUCCCAUCCAGACAUUCUUCCCCCAUAGGUGAGACACAGAUAAGGGUCUCACCUUCUGGUCAGAGUCCAGAGACCUUCCAAGCUGUAUAGGAAAAAAGGCAUCAUCUUAGCUGUUUCAUCCUUUCUCCAACCAUCUCUUGUCACCCCAUUAUCCCACCAUCCAACUACAGUACUUAGAAAAUGAAUGUGUUAGAUUUAGAACCUUCUUUGCUUCUUCUCUGGAGUUGUUUGUUUCACUAACAUUCAGAUGUUUGGUUCCUCCUAAACUCCUAAUCUGGCCGUCCUCUUGUGUAGUGACACUGGCCUCACUCAUAAUGGGUUUUACAGAGUUUCUACCUCAGGAGCACCUACUAACACUUUUGCAGCUGCGUUCUGGGCCAGCUGAUGUUUCCAAAGAGUGAAUAAAUUGAAAUGAUGAAAUGGGCUUCUUAACAAUUUCUUUUCUUAGGUACUGGAAGAAUCUAAAUGCCUGGUCCGGAGCUUCCUUAAAUCUGGCCUCGAAGAUGUGAAUGAGAAAGAAUGUCAGAUGUUAAAACAGCUCUGGAGUUCUUCCAAAGGACUAGAUUCAUUGUUCAGUUAUCUGCAAGACAAAAUAUACGAAGUCUGACAUCCUUGCGCAACUCUGAAAGAGCAGGGAGGAAGAAUGUUCCAAGAGUAAAGCGAUUUCAGGCGUCACCAGGGUUUGAGAAAAUCAUUUAAAAAUCAAACCCAGACCCAGCAAAUCCUUCAGAGGAAUUUGUGAUAGUGUAUCUAACAUACCUAUGGUUGUGUCAGUUUCCUUGUGAGUUAAAUAGAGAAGUUCAGUGGCUGUUCCUAGCAGGUUUGAUUAUUGUUCGACAAAGGAAGAGACAGAUGUAUUAAGAACUGCAUCUCAGUGUACACUUGCCUAGAGAGAAGUGUACAUUGCAUGUGCUAGAAAGCACGAGUGUACCCCAUCAAGGCAUACUGCAAAAAUCAAUUGUUCUCUCUUUUUUAAAAUUUUAUUUAUUCUUGCUACUGUAAGCAACUUAUCUUUGCGUUGACCUAAGUGGCUCAAUUUAGAAUUUGGGCCAAAGCCACGCUUUCAGGGCCCACUUUAGAAAUAUUUUAAUAAUUUUGUUUUGUUCGUUGAAAGAAUAACCAUGGAAAAAAUUUAAAAGGGGAGAGUAUAAUUUAUAUGUAUGAUGUAAAAAAAAAUAUUUUGGAGAAAAGAAAAAGAACCUACUUGGAUUUGUGUUUUCCCCGCUCUGUUUGUGAAUUUAUUUAAUUUAUUUAUUUGUGUCUUGCUCUGUGUGUGUGCACACAUACAUACACAUUUGAUUGUUCGUCUAGUUAAUAUAUAAUUAUCAUUUUCAGAUUUCCCCGGAUUGGACAACUGUUUUGCACGAGUACACAAGCUCUGUGGUUUACAGUAAACGAAUUGAGCUGUGCGUACAAUAAAAACAAGAUAAAGCAGGAGUGCUGUAGGGCAUUAAAAAGCAGCAGAGAGUAGACAUCAUUUUAGAUACCUUAAGAAAACCAAUCAAAUGCCGAAGCUGUGAGUUUUACACAAGUCUCCUGACAACUUGAGGCAUAGGUAGCAGGUGCUACAUUUAAAAGAAAAGCUAAUAUGUUUACUUUUUUCUUAUUAGCUCAACAUUAAUAACAGGGUGAAUGGUGCCUAACUUGUGGUGCCAACAAAGGAUUAAGCAUUCCUUUGUGCUAUGAAACUUAGAACCUUACCUUCAUGAGCCUCCUUCCUCAGAUGUGAUGUAGUAUAUUUUGGAGAACGUUGAGAGAGGCCAGCAAGAAGCUGCUAGAGGAUCAUGAAUUAGACGGGGAAAGGCUUUCAUACUUCUUUCAUUCUCCAGCCCUCGGUGGCCAGACUCUCCACAGGUUUCCCUCAGGACAGUCUAUGGUCAUUUACUAUUAGAAUGUGACCAUAAUGAAUAGAUUCUUCCAUUUUGCAUCAGUUUAUUAUGUGUUUGAAGUCUCUGGAAAAAUACCAGAAGGAAUGCGUUCUUCAGAUUAAGCAAAGAAGCUGGCAAGUCCAAUCAAGAUAAAAGGUGUGGGCUGUUCUAGUGCUUUGUAUGGCGGCUCUGCAUCUUCCGACUACUCUAAAAAAUUAUUGUUCUCUUAAGAUUGCAAAAAAGAAAAAAAAGGAAUCCUGGGAACAGACUGAGGGUUCACUUUAUCUCUCAGAUUUCAUGGAAUACAGAGAUUGGCUUCUACGACUUUCCCUAUCUAUCUAUCUAUCUGUCUGUCUGUCUGUCUAUUUUGCUGCCCUUUCAAGGUUAAGUAGAACACACUUUCCAUUUCUUUCUACUUUUCAGAGGUUCCAAAUUAGACUACUGGGCUUGGAUUUUUUUUAUUUUGUUCCGUUUUUUGCUUCAUAUUUGGCAAAGCUCCACCUUCUAGUUAGAGCACAUCCACGGGGAUCUGCUUACAAAUCAAUGCAGAGUCUGGCUUCUGUUCAGAUUUGUCUAAAUGUUUUUGGAAAGCAAUAUUCAAGGUGGCUUGUGGAAUGCUUGUUACCCACAAGUGUCAGAAGCCAAGGCCGCAUUCCUCAGUCAAGGGCUGAUGCCUCCCUUAUUCUCAGCCGUGAACCGUCUUAACAAACCCACGAAUCAUUUUCGUCCAGUUGACUUCCUUAGAGUCAACGUGUGAACUGGAGUCAUACCCUUGAAUGUACACUUGCAGGGCAAAUAAUUGUAUUGAAAUAUAUGGGGAAACAUCUUUCAAAAACAUGCUUUCAUGUCUCUAAACAAGUGGUGCAACCCCAAAUGAUGUGUUAGACAUUUUAACGAACCAGUGGAAAGUCCUUGCAGCAUGGGAAAAUUAUUGCUCUGUGUAGACUCUUGGGAGUGCGACAUUUUGGUUUUUGAACAGCAGUUUUUCUUAAUGUAUUUGAUUUUUCAACAUUGUUUCUUCAACAGCAUUUUCAAAACUGUCUCAUUUGCCUUGGCAAAUUAAUAGCUGAACAAAACUGAGUACCAUUUCUUCAUAAAAAUUAACUCUGAAAGCUCUAAAGCUUUUAAAAAAAAAAGAAUCAUGUUUAGGUGGUUAAUUUAAUUUCCAUUUAAUUUUUUAAAGAAAAAUGGGCAGUGAUUAUUUUUUAAUACACUUCCUUAUUUUGUUUUCUCUUUCUAUUGUCACUGUGUAUUCAGCUGUAUAGGUAUACUGUAUAUAUUAGACCGAAUACUUUUAUGAAUAUUCACAGUAUUUAAUUAAAAAAUACAUGCAAAUUUGUUGUUAAGUAUGUUAUAUUAUUUCAUGUAAAUUGUUUUGUACAAAUCUUUAAGGAUUGGCAGUUUUUGCAUUUGUAGAUAUGGUAAAAUGAAACAAUUUAUUUCUGUGUGUUUCUCUUGCAUGUACAUUUUCGCUGUACAUAAAGUGUGGCUUUAGUUGGGUAACCUUCUGUUUCAAUGAAUAAGCUGUCCAACUUUAAUAAGUAUAUAUUUUCAAAAAUAUAAACUUUUAUAUUUCCGUGGUAGAUUAGGGUAAGCGUUUUAGGCAAUCUUUUUCCACAAUGGUUAACCAUUAUUUUAAUCUCAAGCAUCCUGGGGUUGGUGCCAAUUGUUUUCCUCUUAGAAUUCUAAUACACACUUUUACACUUAUAUAUGCAGGCAGGGUGUUGUUUUAUUAUUUCUUUUGUUUUUCCCCCAACCUUGAAAUAACAGAGUUUAAGGUACAAUUUGUAAAUUUAGUGCAUUUGUGAAUAAGCCUUACCACUAGGUUGAAUCAAACGUUGUUAACUGCAUAAGUAAGAUGGAGGGUCCAGUUAGAUGUGAUGGCAACAGACCCAUGUUGUAGAACAUUUACUCUUCCUGUUAUAGUUGCCAUCAUGCAGAUAUAAAAACAGAGGAUGGGGAAAACUUCAUGCCGUCCACCUUUCUUCACACAUCUUUUCCCCCACUGAAACUCCCCCCUCCGCUCAAGUUGCCUCCUCCUAUCCAGACUCUAAAACCAGGUAUAAGCUCUCUAGAGGGGCAAGUUGCUAGGGAGAGGUGGUUCUCAGGAUAGGAAACACACAGAGAAAGUGUUCAGUACAACCUACCUUCUAAGGAAUGAGUUGUGUCAUCAUCAUGUCUAAUUAGAUCUGAAGAAAUUUCCUCCCCCCCCCCCCAGUUGAAGCAUUCAGACAUUUGGCAAAUUUAGAAUGCAAGGCCUUAAUUUUUUUCCUUGUGAUAUGGAUUAAUACGGGUUGUUUCUUUCAAACAACAUAGUUAGGCUUGUCGGUGUGGGUAUUGUUUGAUAUAAACUCUGCAUACUGUCCGCCCAGCCACAUUACUCAAUCUCAGGCUCUCUCUUUUUCGGUGGCUGGGUCUAUAAAAGUCAAAUCUGACUGAAGCCAACUCUCUUUAGGAGGCACUAAAGAAGUUUACAUAAGGGACUUACAGACAAUCUUAAUCGUAGUGCAUCUAAGUACUCCGUUUCCUGGAUGUGUUAUCUCUGUCUACCCAAUUAACUGUAUGUUUUUAAGCCAUACUUAAAUCUCUUUGCCACUACUUUAAAUACCACACGGGAAUUCAAUUGCUAAUUCACUGACAUUGUCAACAGGAUUUUAACUUCUAGGGAAUAAUAUAUAUAAAUAUAUAUGUAUCUUCCAUUAAAAAAAUAAGGACCAAAGAGUUAUCAAUUAUCCUAAUGAAUGAAGUUAAAAAACGAAGUAGUUUAUCUGUAUAGCAAAGGUUCGUCUGUUGAUUCCCUUUCAACAUGCAUUUUGUAUCAUUCAUUUCAGGGAUAGAGAAAAGGGCAGGAUAGCCAUUGUGGGUGUAUCUGCUUUUAACAUGUUGGAACAUGAAAGAUAGCCAGUAAAUGAUGGAGUGCCUAUUGGUAAGGCUUAUUACCAAACUUUGGAGAUAAAGCAAAUAACC